GCGCAGGCGCGGCAGGCCCUUCCUUGUGCUCGGGCUUUGAUUGCUGCCGGAGAGGGCUUCUCUCUCUCUCUCUCUCUCUCUCUCUCUCUCUCUCUCUCUCUCUCUCUCUCUCUCCCCCCCCCCCCCCGCCUCCUCCUCCUCGAGACUGGGCUGGGUUUGGAGCAGAGGGAAGAAAAGGCGUCGCACGGGGGGAUCGCGGCUCCUUUCUCAUCCUUGCGAUUUUUUUUUUGGGGUGGGCGGGUGUGCAAACGACACCGCUGCUUUUCAAAUAUAUAUAUAUGCUGCAUCUGUACUUUUAAAUAUUAUUUCUUGCAAGGAAGACAAGCGCAGCACUGUUUACGUGCCCGUUUCAAAAAUAGGAACAACACUUGCAAUUUUUAAAGCAAACAAGCGCUUUUUUUUGGUGCACGAAAAGAAUCUGCAGAAAGUAGGGGUUUUAUUUAUUACUAUUUUUUUUAAAGAAAGGUUGCGUGGGACUUUGUUUCCCCGAGAUGUCUUACCAAGGGAAGAAAAACAUUCCACGCAUCACGGUGAGUUGCAGGCUGUGGCGACGAGGGUGGCGCGUGGGAGGGCGAUGUGGAUCAAGCCCUUUGUGUGUGCAUUAAGGGGGGAGAGGCAGAGAGGCUUUUGCAAGCAGCGCGCUCAAAAAAGCCUUUGAUGCAGCCGUCGAGAUAUCUAAUGAUAAUAAUAAUGAACGUGAUGGGGAGGGAAGGAGGGGAAACCUGGUGCAAGCGGGGGAACAAUGGUUGCCUUGAUGUUGCGUAGCGGAUGCAAACGUGAAGAGCCCCCCCCCCCCGCGCUCUGUUAUUUGUGGCCGCCAGAAAGAUGCUUUUAUUUUGCCAUCCCUGGAUAGUCACAAGCCUAUUGCAGAUUUUUCAGUGUACAUGCCUGAAAUAAUAAAACUGGACACAGAAAGGGCAAGAGAGAGAGAGAGAGAGAGAGAGAGAGAGUUGUCCUGUGACUGCACGUUGUUUCAUAAGCCCAUGAUGAAUAGCUGCCCUUAGCGGUCUUGAAGAUCUGUUUUGUUCUUCCUUUAAAAUACAGUUUUACACAUUCAUCCUGCUUUGUUGGAUGGUGGUGGAGAAAUGGGGUCCGAUGGGGUGACCCUCUUGGCAGCGAGGGUGGGCAGUUGGGUGGUCGACCUGAAGGUGUAGCCUCAGGUGUGGUUGUGGCAGGCGAGCCAGUGGGUGUAUUUUAAAAAUUAUAAUGUCUUUUUAAUUUUACUAUUUGAAGCGAAGAUUGAGAAGAACGUGGUUGCAAUGUUGGGAGCUUUGGCAAGUCUGCCCCACCCGCUGCCUUUUUGGGUGCUGGUGAAGGGAAUGGUUGAGUGGUGGGCUUGGCUGGUGUCUUAAAUUUCUCUUCUCCACCCCCCCUUUCCUGAUCUUCCCCCAAUUUUGCCCUCUUUAUUCAUACAAAGGAGGCAAAUGGGAGCGGGUAGGGGCAAGGUUGGAAGACAAACCCUGGUCUUUUCCCUCCCACCCCACCCCUUGCAGGAAGUAAUGGCGGUGAUGGCUUGGGUGAUUUGAGCAGAAAGGGGCUGGCCGCUUGGCUGUUCAUCCUUGCUGUCCCUCCCCAGCAAGGAAAAAUUGGGAGUGGGCAAGGAAGUGAAUAAAUGGUUGGUACAGGAGCCCCUCGCCCUCUGCAGCAUGCUUCCAUUCUCCCGUCCACCCACCUUUCCCCAUCUUUAUGCAAGGCGAAGUAGGAGUCAUUUGUCUUCUGGAAGGAUUUCUCCCCACUUUGGCAGUCAGAAUCUCCCCAUGUUCAUUCCUGCAGGGAAUCUGAAGGGGGGCGGGCAGAAGAGAACAGUUACAUAAUAAAGUCCUAGUGUUCGUUAUUGCAGGACCUGAUUGCCAUGCAUGGAUUUCUAGAUGCAGGGGCACGAAAUAUGUACACAGCACAGUUGGAUGCGAUUGCAGUAUAUAUAUUAGUAGGAGAUGCAGCUCACUUCUUAAAUUAAUACUAUAAUGUGCUCUAAGAUGCAAGAGGCUUAAUUUCCUUCUCUUUCCUGUUACUUAAGUGACAACUAGACAUGACUGGGACACAUCUCAUCAUGCCAAACCGUUUUUCUUUGAGUAUUAAAGCUGAGAGUUGUGAAGAAAUUUUUAAGAAUCCGAACAAAAUGUUGGGUUGGACAGCAGUCUCUCCCUCCCUCUCUCUUUACGUAACGUGGCUCGUGUCAAAGAAUCUUUUCAGUGAAUUGGUAUUUUCUCACCGACUCCUAAAAUCUAAAGCCUUUAAAAAAAAUACGUUGUAGCGACAUUAAGGUUAUACUCUAGCAUGAGGCUGAUAACACUUCAGGCCUUCAGCUGUGUGGUACACUUGUUUUUUUCUGCAAUGACAGCAGUGAUCUAAGAUAAACGGGUGAAAUGUAUAAAGAGUCCGAUCUAGUUUGUUUCAGUGUGUAAACCUAGAAUAACUGCAGGGUUAAUGGAGUGACAACAAUGGAAAAGCACCGACCACGUGACUCUGCACAGAAGUGGAUUUUGCCAGGAGCGACACUCCUGCAUCCAACAGUUAAUAGAAGGGUGGAAUUAUUAGGCCUGGAUGGGGUUUGAAAUUCAUUUUGACUAGUGUCCUUCAACCUUCCAACUCUGUGAUUCAUUUUGUAACGCUUAACUUGCAAUAUGGGUACUGAUUUUAUGUAUUUAUUUUUAUCUUGUUCUUCCACAUUCUUUCUCUGCUCUUUCUCCGGUCUUCUAUGCUCCUCUUUACAAAAUGUAGUUGUGGCCCUCUUGGUGCAAUCUACUUAAUCUAAAAUCAUGACUCAGUUAUCGGUUGCAACUCUCUGGUUGAAAGCCAGUGACCCAACCCCUUGAAACAAGACAAGUUUCAGUUAACCCAAUCCUUUAGAAACUAGGGUCACAUCCACAGUAUACAUUUACAGACCUCACAGAGCUACAAUUCCUGGCACUCUUAACAAAUGACAGUUCCCAGGAUUCUCCAUCCCUGUUAAGCUGGUAUAAGAGUUCUUUAAAUGUAUGGUAUGGAUGUGACUUAGCUCACGUAUUCCACACUGUAGAGGGAUCAUAGGACUUCUUCAGAAGUGUGUGUGCACACGAAAGCUCAUACCAAUAACAAACUUAGUUCGUCUCUAAGGUGCUACUGGAAGGAAUAAUUGCUUGAUUUAUCCUGAAGAAGAGCAGAUUUAGCUCACACACCUGAAGGGCUUUCACAUAGAAGAGGCCAAUGGCGUCUUUGCUGCCCCAGAAGGUAGGACAAACAAGAUCAUAUGGGCCUAUAUGACGUGAGAUUUCAGUUUAACAUUUUGGAGGAAAGGUAAAUCAUUUAUGGGGUGGGGAGCGGACUGUUCCUCCCAGAAGGCCUUCAAGCAGAAACUGGGCAAUUUGCUAUGCUCUAAGUUUGGAUUUCCUGUUAAUGGCCUACUAGGCCCUCUUCUCCAAAUGCCAAAGAAGGCCCCCUCCAAUUCCUAUGAUUCUCAGUCAGAAGAACAUAAGAAGAGUCAAUCUUGGUGAGUUUCAUAGGCACCUGUUUGUGGGUCAGUGUGCCUUAGAAAACCAGAUCUAGAUUAUUCAGGGAAGUGAACCAUAUCAUGCUGUUUAGCAGUGAUGACAGGUCUUUUUUGGCAAAUGUGUUGGGAAUCCAAGUUUAAUGUAUAAGAGGUUGCCACCAACGAAACAUUUCAGAUGUCUGCUUUGACUUGUGGACGCAUUUUGCGCUUAAAGAUUCUCCAUUUGCGAGCACUUCCAAAAGUCUGGGUGCCGUUUUUUUGUGCCUGGGUGACACUCAAGGAUUACUAAAAUGUAUGUGCUUUGAAACCACGAAGUAUAUGUUAAGGAUAGACGAUAUGUUAAGGAAUUUAACAAUGAAGAGUAGAGUGUUUUGAAAACUGAAGUAUGGUACCAAUAUUUUUAUUGUAAACACCAGAUUAAGCAUGAAUUAAGAAUUUCUGCUAAAAAUGUGAUAUUAACAAUGUGUCACUUAUGUGAAAUGUGUAUCAAUUCAUGCUCAUCAAAUUAAUAAAUAAAAAGUGUUGCCAGCCCCUCCCCUCGGUGGCGACUAGACAUUCUGUUUUGGCGCCCACAACCCAGGUACCAGAAGCCAUUUGGCUCCUAGCUUUUCUACUCCAGUUUCUAACACUGCUUUCAGAGCACGUUACAGUGCAAAGUCAAAGAUGCAUUCAAAUGUGUGUGUCUGAGGCCGUAUCUGCACUGUAAUAGGGGCUGAGGUGGUGCUUGAAUAUGUGUUCCCUACCCCCCUGACAAAGCUACAGUUCUGAGAGUGGUUUAACAAUCCCUCUUCCCAGGUAACUGGGAAUUGUAGCUCUGUGUGGGGAAUAGGGCUCUCCUAACAACUCUCUUGGGACGCGGGUGGCGCUGUGGGUAAAACCUCAGCGUCUAGGACUUGCCGAUCGUCAGGUCGGCGGUUCGAAUCCCCGCGGCGGGGUGAGCUCCCGUCGUUCGGUCCCAGCUCCUGCCCACCCAGCAGUUCGAAAGCACCCCCGGGUGCAAGUAGAUAAAUAGGGACCGCUUACCAGCGGGAAGGUAAACGGCGUUCCAUGUGCUGCGCUGGCUCGCCAGAUGCAGCUUGUCACGCUGGCCACGUGACCCGGAAGUGUCUCCGGACAGCGCUGGCCCCCGGCCUCUUAAGUGAGAUGGGCGCACAACCCUAGAGUCUGUCAAGACUGGCCCGUACGGGCAGGGGUACCUUUACCUUUAACAACUCUCAACACCCUUAAUAAACUACAGUUCUCAGGAUUCUUGGGGGGAAACCAUGAUAGUUUAAAGUGGUGAGAUACUGCCUUAAAUGCAGAUGGGGCCUGAAUCUCUGCUGGAAAAGAGACCUAUGGCUUCUUGCAUUUUGUGCCAUGCAUAUUGCAUUUCCCACCUGCUCCAUAGACUGACAACCCAUCUGCAGCAAGAGUGAGGAACCUGCGUCCCUCCAGAUGAUGCUCUGUGUUCUUGGCAAACACAGCCCACUGUCUACAGUGGUGGUCCCCAGAUGUGGAGCUCCCUCCCUGUGAAUAUUGCGUGUGUCUCUAACACGAGUGUCUUUUCAGGGCCAGUUAAAGACUUGCUUCCGCCCCUCCCCCAGGCCUUUGACACAUUAGUGUUAAUGAUACCCACAAACUUCUGCCACUGGUAUUUUUAUGGUUUUAACAAUGAUUUCAGAUUGUUUUGCUGUUGUGGAAUGAUGAUUGAAGGUCAAGAGAUAAGAAAAAUGAUUGGAUAAUUGCAUAAGAUGGACAGUCGCUAGUCAUGUGACUCUUGACCACAAGAUUGCCACUGUGCUGAGAGGAUGGAGGAAGAGGUCCCAGUUUGAUUGGAAUAAGGCAUGUGAUUUCUUGCUCUUGUGACUGGUUGUGGAAACUUGCUCUAAAGUAGAGUAAGGUUUUUACAGCCUCUGGCAUAUCAAUUUUUAUGUUGUUGUUCCUAGCAUAAAACCAUAGGCUGGGAGACAUGAUUAGGCCAAUGCCAAGGAAUUGGGUUUACUCCUUGUAGUUGAUCCUACCACUAUGGCUACCGAUUGCAGCAGAUCCCACCUAAAUAUUCCCAUUGGUUAUCUUUUGGUUUUCGAGUGAGGGUAAACCUAGAUCCUUGGAGACUCAGGCAGAAGUUGAGCAAAUAAUAAAAUAUUUAUUUUACAGAACAAAAUUGAUAAAAUACAGGAUGUGUCAUCUGAUACUCUUUCAGGAAACAGUUAACUUAUUGAUCAUUAUACUAAAUCUAGUAGGUGUUACUGGCUUCUAAACAAGGUAGUAAACACACAGUUGCUUAAUUCAGUUAUUACUCCUCAUUUAGAUGUUACAGGUUUCUAGUAAAAGGUAAAGGUAAAGGUACCUCUGCCCGUACGGGCCAGUCGUGUCCGACUCCAGGGUUGCGUGCUCAUCUCGCUCUAGAGGCUGUGAGCCGGCGCCGUCCAAAGACACUUCCGGGUCACGUGGCCAGCGUGACGAAGCUGCUCCGGCGAGCCAGCACCAGCGCAGCACACGGAAACGCCGUUUACCUUCCCACUAUAAAGCAGUACCUAUUUAUCUACUUGCACUAAGAGUGCUUUCGAACUGCUAGGUGGGCAGCAGCUGGGACCGAACAACGGGAGCUUACCCCACUGCGGGGAUUCGAACUGCCCACCAUACGAUCAGCAAGUCCUAGGCACUGAGGUUUUACCCACAGCGCCACCCGCGUCCCAACACAGGUUUCUAGACUAGAUGGUAAAUGCUCAGCUUAUUUCCAGUUAUUUCGCUUCAGUUUUUAACUUAGUUGUUGUGUAGCUGUUACAGCUUAAUACAUUGGUUCUUAAACAAGCUGGGACUUUCUGUCAGUUUCCAACCUUUUCUCAAUCCCACUCCUGAGGUACUUCCAGCAGUAUAAUAGACUCAGUGGAUCACUACACCCCUCUUAACUGGUUUGGGAGUCUUUUAUUUCUAGAUCUCUCUCCUCCUGACUGACACAGGACCCAAGGAUACGGUAUCCUCACAGCUUCUACUUCUCCAACUCAGCCCUCCAGUUAACUCCCAUCUGAAUACUCUCCCAAGAUAGUAUUUUUCUAUCUAAGGUCAGAGGCUUCCUUCUCUGGCUACAGAUAAUUUCCUCAGAGUGGAUGUUGCACGGCACGCAUAGAUCCGAACUCUCCUUCUCUUCCUCUUGCUCUCUCUUCAGCCUACCCUAUCUGAACCCUCCCUCAGAAACGGCUCCUUUUAUUUUCUCUCCCAAAGUGCUGGUCCAUCUCCCUCUGACCAGCUGUCUUGGCAGCAAUCGGAGAGAUGCUCCAGCCUCUGGUGGAAUUCCAAGGCACUGCAUCACCAGACUCUGGUCUGGCUCAGCUGUCUGUCACACUCCUCUUCUAAUAUCUCUUGGAAGCAUAGCUCAUUGUAAGGCAGCCAGCUUCCAUGGAGGCAGCUUAUACUGUUUCUCUGUUAGGGAUAGACAGUUUCUUUGGUAAGACUAAAGAUUGGACAUGGGGGGGGGGGGGCGCGUCUAAGAACUGAAGAAGAUCCUGCUGGAUUCAGCCAGGGGUCCAUCUAGGCCAGCAUCCUGCUCCCCCAGUGGCCAGCCAGGUGGCUAUGGGAAGCCCACCAUCAGGACGUGAGCACAACCACACUCUCCCCUCUUGUGAUUCCAGCAACUGGCAUUGAGAGGCAUGCUGCCUCCAACAGUGGAGCUAGAACAUCUGCAAAAACCUUGCAUUCUUUCAAAGCUGCAAUCCCAUGUGUGCUUCUUGGGCCUAAGCCUUGAAAACUGAAGUGGAAAAACGUUUUAUUUUAUGUACUUAUUCAACAAAAUGUAUAUACCACUUUACUGUAAAAAGAAACAAAGCAAGCCUUUAAAACAAUAGCACAACUUCCCAGUAAACAUGCAUAGGUUCGGAUUAUAAUACAGUGGUGCCUCGCAAGACGAAAUUAAUCCGUUCCUCGAGUGUCUUCGUCUAGCGGUUUUUUCGUCUUGCGAAGCAACCCUAUUAGCGGAUUAGCGCUAUUAGCGGUUUAGCGGCUAUUAAAGGCUUAGCGGCUUAGCGGCUUAGCUGCUAAAAGGCUAUUAGCGGUUUAGCGGCUUAGAAAAAGGGGGGGGAAGCGAAAAAAAAAAACUCAAGACUCGCAAGACAUUUUCGUCUUGCGAAGCAAGCCCAUAGGGAAACUCGUCCUGCGAAGCAACUCAAAAACGGAAAACCCUUUCGUCUAGCGGGUUUUCUGUCUUGCGAGGCAUUCGUCUUGCGGGGCACCACUGUAGUUGCUUGAACCUUGCAGAUGAGCAUAUAUUUUAACCGGCCUGCUUUGUGUUUCUGUUUGCUUCAUCUCCUGUUGUGCAGCUAUUAGUGUCUCAGCAAAGACAAUUAAUCUGCACGGUUGCUUCUCUCUUCCUUUAAAAGCAGUUGAGUGUAGUCUCUUCAUUUUUAAGAUGCUGUGAGAAAUUAAUGGCCACAAUGUUUGUUGCACAUUAGUAUGCUGUUUUAUUUUUGGGAUCCAUUAUUAGAGAUGCUAAAUCAAAGAUACUGGAUCACAUUUUCCCAGCCUGGUGCUCACCAGUUGUUUUAGACUGCAGCUGCUAUCAUCCUUGAUGGGGUUUUUAAAUAAUAAUUUUUAAAUUAGUUUUUAAUUACAGUCCAAUAAUAGCCUCAUUAUAACAAUACCAACUUAUAAUACAAUUAUUAAUACCAACCAUUCAAGUAGCAAAUUUUAUAAUUUAGUUAAAGUGGCCCCCCCGUGUGCUAGAUUUGGUGAUUUCAUAAUUUUCUUUAUUUCUGCAUUCCAAAAUCUUAUUUUUUUCAAGUACAUUCCAGUCAUAAUAAUCCAUUAUACUCCAACUGCAAUAUUAAUAACUUCCAUUCCUGCUGACACAUUAAAUGAUUUAUAAAACUUUAAGUGAGGAACUCAAACUAUAUCCUUGUUCUUCCUGUGUGUGGCAGUUAUUCUGUCCAUGGUGUUUCGUCCUGUCCUUGUAAGAUGUUAUGUCUUUCUUUCCCCCAAUUGUUGCUAUUAUCCAUCAUCUCAUUGUUAUUCCAGAAAUUUCUUCAUCGCUCCAUCUCGUGCUUCAUUGUUUUGCACCGAGAACUUUAACAACAGCUGCAAAAGUCGUUCUGUCCCAGUAAAUAAACUGUUGCCACCAUUUCUACCCUCAGUCCAGGAAGAAGAGUGGUCUGUCAGACUGCAGAUGACUCAAUAAAGAACCUUAUCAGUUCCUUGGCAGCUCACAAACUCAUUUCAUCCUUCCUUCCAGCUGAAGAUAUAUCUUUCCAAUUAAAUUAAAUUCCAAGUCCUAUUAGCAUUACUCUGUUCACUUCAUAGAUAAUAAAGGAUGGGGAAGAGUUAGCUCUAAGUUUCCAUCGCAAACCUUUUGCAAAAUAGCGCUUCCCUCCCAAAAUAGAGAAACUGUAGGCUCCCCUUCCUCUCCCACCGUCUUUUGCACCGAAUGAAGUCUUAUCUCAAAUUCAAACCUUGAAGUCCUUGCAGUUGGUUUGUUCCGCAGUUUGUGAUCUCCUCUCUUCCAGUACUUUAUUCCAAUGAAGCUCUAAUUAACUGGAGAACCUCGGCUUCUUAAUGGCGGCAUUGGAGGGUUUUUGUUAGGCAAAGUGCUUUUACAUUCAGCGCCUCCCUGCCCCCCACAUUCCAUGCAGGAGCGAGAGCCAGGUACCAAGAGGAACUGUGAGUGAAGCCAGUUCCCCCCAUCCCUGGGGGGAAUUUGCAAGAAUGAUUUACCCUCAAUCAUCCUUGUUUUUCCUUCGCCUACGAUCUCCUGCUGUUGUGGGGCUGCCUCCAUUAAGGCAGAGCAGAACCGGAUGGUUGGCUGUGGUGACUGGUAGGGAUGGGUGACAUUGAUAAAACGUCCAACAUUGUUUGGAAGUCCACAUCAUGAUAAUGGUUUCAUAAUAUUUGACAUGGUGAUAUAUCGCAAAUCACAAUGUGUGUGUGUGCGCGCUACGCAGCUUGUACUGUCCCUGGCCAUUGGGCAUGCUAGCUGGGGCUGAUAAGAGUUGGGAGUCCAGCAAGGGUGGAGGAAUUGCAAGUUUCGACAACCGGGCAGGGAAGGUGACCCAUUUCUGCAUGCACUGUUUGAAAUUGUGGCCAAGUGAUUGCCAGUCCUUGCAAACUCUUUUAUUUGGUUUCCAUGAUUGGGUUUCCCUGAGAAAUUUGAUUCCAUUCACAUUAAAAGGUGAAUCUACCUAAUUUGCACUUUCUGAAACAAUGUGCACACUGAAACAUAGUCAUCCAUCAAAAUCGGCAUUUUCCCACAUUUUGCAAUGCAAUUCUCUAGCCCAGGAAUGAGUACAAAAAUGCAUACACUGGGGGAAAGUGUACAUAAAAAUGCAUAUUUUUUUUUUGUGUGUAGAAAAGUGCAUCCUAUUAUGGGAAUUUGCUUUGCAAAAAUGUCUAUAUUUGGCAAAAUUGCAUAAAAAUGUGUCUGUCUAGCUAAAAUAGCACUACAAGGCUGAUGAGUUUUCAUGGAUAUUCUUUUUAUUUAAAAAACUGUAAACUGACAUGGAAAUGUGAACUGCACUUAAGACUGAAAAAAGGAGACAUUCAGGUGGAAUCUACACACAUAUAAAAACAGUUCUGAAAAUGCUUUUUAAAAGCGUUUUUAAAAACACAUUGAAUUUUCCAUAAGGCUCACCAAUGCCAUCUAGUGUCACAUUGCAUAUUGCACUUAAAACACAUUUUAAACGGUUUAUUUGCAGCUGUAUGGCGCUGUGGGUUAAACCACAGAGCCUAGGACUUGCCGAUCAGAAGGUCGGUGGUUCGAAUCCCUGCGACGGGGUGAGCUCCCUUUGCUUGGUCCCUGCUCCUGCCAACCUAGCAGUUCGAAAGCACGUCAAAAUGCAAGUAGAUAAAUAGGUACCGCUCCGGCGGGAAGGUAAACGGCGUUUCUGUGAGUUGCUCUGAUUUCGCCAGAAGCGACUUAGUCCUGCUGGCCACAUGACCCGGAAACUGUACGCUGGCUCCCUCGGCCAAUAUAGCGAGAUGAGCGCCGCAACCCCAGAGUUGGCCACGACUGAACCUAAUGGUCAGGGGUCCCUUUACUUUACCUUUAGCUGAGUCCUCAGAAAAAUCAAAACUGACAGGUUCCACCAUUCCUACUCACACUUGAAAUGGAUGGGUGUGGCUUGAGUGAAACAGCCUCAAAAGACACAAGGGGAGGCCUGCGAACCGGUGGUUCACUGCCACAGAUCUGGAGGGUUACAUGCUCGCCAUCUACAGUGGACAGGAUGCAAAUAAACAUGUCUUCCUUAACACACUGGUUUCAGUGUGGCGUGUGCUGGCUUCAAUACUAGUGCAGGAUAAACGCUUCUGUUUCUACUAUUAAAACAUUUUGAUCUGGCUGAAAUGUAGUCACUCUGGCUUUCAGCCUCCCUGUCCCUCCCUUCUCCUGCUUAACUUGUGACUGUAGAUGUGUUUUCAUUGGACUUUACAGUAGCUGCCUAAGAGGGGAGAAAAUAUCUCCUGAAUUGAAACCUUUCAAGCACUGAGCUGAAAGGACUUGUUUGUGUUGGAAAUCCCAUGGCAACAGACUUUUGGUCAGUUCCCUUACUUGCCGUUGACUCAGUACAAACCCAAGUGAAGUAACCUCUAUGGUGUCUUUAGGCAGCUAAGCUUGCAGCUAAAUUAAAAAUAAGGCUUUUUGGAAAGCCAUUAAUAUGCCUCAUCUAAAGCAUGUUACUCUGCAGUAGCCAAAUCUUGGAAAGACUUUAAUUGGUGGUGGAUGCUGCUUAAUAAACAGAUAUACAAACUCUGUCUGUGUAACCUAAUUUUUACUGCUUUUCAGUUGUCACAUUGACGAAAGGUUCUGUGGUUCUGAAGCAUCAUUUCAUCUUUCCAGUUGAAAGUCUUGUAGCUGACUUGUUUAUAUGAAGCAGCCUUUGAAUAAUUCAAAGAGAGAUCCUACCGCAGCUUUUUAAUCUGGCACUGUACACUUGUCUUCCCAUAAUUAAGUAUUGUUUGAUGUCUCUUUGUUUCAGAGUGAUCGUCUUUUGAUCAAGGGUGGUAAAAUUGUUAAUGAUGACCAGUCUUUCUAUGCAGACAUUUACAUGGAAGAUGGCUUGAUAAAGUAAGUACCCAGUAAUAUUUUUUUUUGGAGUGGGGUUGCAUAUCAGAAAUGUAAAAUCUCAUAAAAGAAAUCGCAGACAACUCAGCAAGGCUUUUGUGUUUUUGUUUUAAAACCUUAGCUGGUGAUCGUAGGGUCCGGGUAGGUUUAUGUUGGGAGAGUCAUUUGUUAGAUAUUGGGUUUUGAACCAUAUAAUGCUUUAAAGGUCAAAACUGGCAGCUUUCUGGGGUUGUCUAAAAACUGGGCAUAGGGUUCCAUUCUCCUAAGAAGCUACCUAAGAACCACCUUGCCUCCUUGGAGAGCUCCCCAGUAUCUGACUCUUGGUGUUCUAGCUGAGGUGGCCUCUCUCCCAACAUUUCUUUCUCAUUUGAGGACUCAUUUCUUACUUUGUUUUAUUUUUUUACCAUAUUCUUGAAUGGUGACCCACCUUGGAUUAAACUGUAGCCUGGUGGUAGGUCCCGAUCCAUCAGCUGAAGCUCUAGAGUAGCCUUCAUUCAACCUUGAGUUGUUGGGAUACAACCCCAUUGUCCUCAGCCAGCAUGUGCAAAGGUUAGGGGUAGUGGAGUCUGCAGUUCACUGGAGUCUGGGGACCAGGGGUUGGGGAAGGUUUCUUUAGGAUCUUGGGCAGAGCGUUUCCCAUCACUUGUUCCCAGAACUCCUUUAAGUUGUCCUUCUCCAACCUGUUGCCAGAGAGUGUGGUUGUUCUGUCUGGGGCUGAUGGGAAUUGUUGUUCUCAGCAUAUGUUGAGGCACCAAGUUGCAGGAAGGCUUCUUUAACUGGAGAUGCUAGCAACUGAAUCUGAAAGCCUUUGUGUGGAAAGCAUUUGCUGUGCCACUCUGAUCCCUUCCUACUGCUCUGAGUGUGCUUUUGGGUGUUUCCCCCUCUCCUAAGCAUGUUUGGCUUCAGUGUCCACCUAAUAAUAAUAAUAAUAAUAAUAAUAAUAUUUUUGUUCUCCAGUGUUAUCUGCAAACUCAUCCCCUAAUCGACAGUAGCUUUGCCUACUUUAGUUUCUGAGCUAUAGGUUGUCAGUGGAACAAGCUUUAUAGGUUACAGUCUGGUGCACACUUACAUUAAGCUCAGUGGGACUUACUUGUGAGUAAGCAUGCAUAGGGUGGCACUGUUGAAGUAGGGCUGGGAGCCCCACCUCAAAUCCAUUGGAUCCAGCAGGGUGAUUCUGACAAUGUCGGAUCCAGGUUUUAAGAGAGUUUCUUGCAGCACAUACUUUCUGACAUAAUAAAAACAUCUUCCAGACUUCCUUGGAAUAAAAUUUUCUUUGCGUAGGAGAAAGGCGGGAACAUGGAUACACAUCUUGGCUAUGUGUUCAACACAUCUGUUCUUUUACUCAGAAUUUAAAGUAAGAGUAGUCAGUGACAGACAUGUAAUUAUAAUAUCACACACACACACACAAACAACAACAACUUUAAAAUAUGAGCAAAUUAGUUCACAGCAGAAGUUUGGUAUGCUUCUUGGAUGAAGAGACCUGAAAGGUUUCAAGUCAUUUUCAGAAAGUUCUAAGUUUCUCCUAUAUCCGGGGGCCUGGGGGCCACAUUACAUCCUAGGGAACCUUUCAGGGACCACAUGACAGUGGUGGAUGGGGCCAGAGGAAAAAGUGGGUGGGGCAAUGAAUGUGAUUGUUAUAUUUGUACAGUAGGCUACAUUCUAACUACAGUAUGCUAAGUGAGAGGCUCCUGCGCACACACAUUUCUCUGAUCUCAACCAAAGCAAACAAAACACAUUAUUCAACUGCAACAAUGAUUAUUUCUUAGAUUUAUUAGUCGCCUGUUACCAAGCUUCAAUAAUACAGAGCUUCAAUAAUACUGUAUACCAUGUUGCAACUCCUAUAGUUUAUAGAAAAGCAAACACAACCUCUCUUUUGGUUUUGUGUAGCCACGAAUGCAAACAUUCCUGUUGGGCAAUGAGAAUGAUGGCAAAGCAGAGAUGGAAAAAAAGAAUCUGAUUAUAUACCACUUUUUUUCUAUACUACGCUUCUUCUUUACUGAGGGGGCUAUGCAUGUUCCAUCCGCCUUAAAAGUUUAUAGUGCAAAAGUGGUUGCAACUAUGGCCUAUGCGGUCCCUUUAUGGGGCGUCUUUGUAAACCUCUUGCCUCUGGUGACAUUGCAAAAUCUUUUUCUAAGACGCCUUUUGAAACUACCCUCCUGUGUAAGCAACUCUGCCAUUCGCUUAGAACUUAAGACCCCCUCCCUUGAGAUUCUGAUGUGGAGACAUGCCUUUAAUUAUUGGCUGUCCCUUUGGCAUAAAUUGCCAAACUACCAUCUUAUUCAGUGCCUUUGGAGAGAUGAAUUCACCAGCCCAUGGGCAACAAAAAUCCAUUCCAAACUGUUGUCUUAUGGAAUCUCUCCCUCCGAUAUACUUAAUUUAGAUCUAAUUACAGCUAAAAAGGUCAUCAAACAAAGAUUGGAGGAUGUAGAUUUACAACAAAAUCUUACCACAGGUGGAGGUACAUGUUCCCCGAUAUAUCAGGGCAUUACAUCUAUGUCCCAGAUACCUCGAUAUCUGUCUACUUUAUCGGCUGCGUCGCAUAGAUUCGCAUUUGUUAGAGCCAGAUUUAAUGUGUUCCCCUCAAAUGUGCUGAGCAAUAGAUUUUCUAACGGUAAAAUCUCUGUUUUGUGCGCAUGUGACAACAAAUCGAUAGAAUCCCUUUAUCAUAUCUUGUUUAAUUGCCCCUUAUACAAUGUUCCCGAUCAAGGAUCCUGAGUUCAAUCAUCCUGGAAAUUGCUGCUAAACCACCUGAAUUACAUCUAGCUUAUCUACUCCAGGACAUUGACUCUUAUAGAACUUUACAGGUUGCUAGAUUCCUGAUCUCAGUUCUGUCUUAUAAAAGACUUCAGGGAAUGCUGCAUGACUAUUAAAAAUUCAGUAAACUCUAUGCACCAUCUUUAUCUUCAAGGCCAUAACACGGUACAGUUAGAGAUUAUGCGUUGAAAUAUUUUAGUUGAUAUUUUAGAUUGUAAAAUGCUAUUGAUUUUAUCUAUUGAUUUUUAUCUAUGGAUUUGUUUUACCUUGUGGGCUUAUAGCCGAAUAAAGUAUUAUCUAUCUAUCUAUCUGUGGAGAUGAAGUUGAUGUCUCAAGCCUUCUUCUGUUCAUGUUACAGCACAGAAGUUGCAUUGCUGGAAAGUUCUAGAAAUAUGAUUGGCGGGACACCUGAUGAAAGUUUAUUAUUUAUUGAAUUUAUAUAACACCCUAUACCUGGAGGUCUAACGGCAGCCUGGGGCAUAUGCUUGACUCUGUCCAUGUGGUUAUGACAUUUUGUGUGACUCUGCACAAAUGGUCUCUUCUCAGACAAAUUGGAGAAAACCUGAUUGUGCCAGGGGGAGUGAAAACCAUUGAAGCUCAUGGACGGAUGGUGAUCCCUGGAGGAAUUGAUGUCCACACUCGCUUCCAGAUGCCUGAACAGGGGAUGACCUCUUCUGAUGACUUCUUCCAAGGAACAAAAGCAGCCCUGGCUGGAGGCACCACUAUGAUCAGUAAGACCUUGCUCUCUAUGAAAUAUAAAUGUAAUAGGCUUAACACCAAUCCUUGUACAGUGGUACCUUGGGUUACAGACGCAUCAGGUUACAGACGCUUCAGGUUACAGACUCCGCUAACCCAGAAAUAGUACCUUGGGUUAAAAACGUUGCUUCAGGAUGAGAACAGAAAUUGUGCGGCCCCAUUAGCUAAAGUGGUGCUUCAGGUUAAGAACAGUUUCAUCUUAAGAACAGACCUCCAGAACGAAUUAAGUUCUUAACCCAAGGUACCACUGUAAUAGGAGAGAGAGAGAGAAUGCAAGCUGGUUCCAGGACAAAUGAGGAAAAGGCUCUGGUUGAAACAAGCUACAAAUAUCAAUAAAGGGGUGUAACCAAUGGAAACUGGGCAUGAAAUUGAUUUUAUAGUGUAAAAAAAGUUACCAACAGAAAAUACUCCAAGGCUCUGCUCAAGUUCACAUUGAGCUUGAUAGCCAUCAUGGCCAGUGGUCAGGGAUUGUAUUUAUAUUGUGAUUUUAUGUUGUAACCGCCCUGAGACCUUAUGAUGAUGAUGAUGAUGAUGAUGAUAAUAAUAAAAGGAGUUCUAGUCGUACAGUCCUACAGCAACUGGCGGGUGACAGUUUCUCUUGCACAUUUUACUGGGAAGGCAUCAGAGAACUUUAUUUGCAGAUUCAGGUUGUGUUUGCAGUCACUUUUACUUAGGGGGAAGAUUACAGCCCAUCCAAUCAAGAAGAGGUAGCUCUGUCAUUUGCAGAACUUCCUUAUGGGGAACCUAUGAUUUUGCUGAGCAGAGAACAGCCAUGCUUAUGGCAGACUUUACAAACCUUUCAAGUCAAGUAAAAAUUUAUUGGUUAACCCAAUGCAUGUUAUAGCCAAACAUUUCAAGUCAGACUGAUAUUAUUCACUGUUCCUAAGCCGCCUUCCAUGGCUCUUCAACUCCAGGUCUAUAAAAAGUUCCAAGAAAUGCCCAGGAAGGGGCAGAAGUCACACUGUGCUCCCUCCAGCCUUGCCACAGAUUGUUUCCCUAACUUCAAAGGGGGUCACUGGCUGUCAGUGCCAGACCAAGACACUGGGAAAUAAAUGUUCACCCACCGACUCUGCUGCCAUAGGUAUGAAUGGAAAGAGCUUGAAUUGAAAGUGACUGUACCAAUGUGUGCAGCUAUUCCAGUGCAUAUUUACACUGGAAGAUGAAACUUUGAGAAGAGUGAAACUGCUGUUCAUGACCCCAGAUAUCAAAGUACCCACUAGCCACACCGCUAGCAGCUGCUAAUUCAGCGUUAAUUGGAAAGCAUUAAUUAGAAAGGGCUGUAUGUGCAUGACCUCUUCCUCACAAACAGGACCUCGGUUUGACCCAGAUGUACUGAUUUGCAGCAUCCUCUUGCCUUUGCAAUUGGAGACUAGCAGAGCCUAUACAUUUUGUUUUGUAUCUCUGGUUCUACAGAAUACUAGAAUGUUAUUCAUUUGAAAUGAAAAUCUGGGGGUAAUAGUUUGGGGGUUGGCGGCGGGGUCUGGCACCCUUGUACACCCCCCGAUGCCCAUGUGUCCGACUUAUUAAUUUAGAAACAAUCUAAAAUACUCUCAAUAGUAAGACAGAUAAAAUCAUCACAAAAUUUAAAAUAACUAUACAUAACUAAAUUAUAUGUCUGGGUAGACUUGCUGGGGGAAAGGUUUUGUACUUCCCCCACCCCAUACACAUUUGCUGUGUCAAGAAGGGAAAGGCAGCUGGGGUGGGUGUGUGGCUCAGUCAUGUGAGCCUCACUGUAGUCACACGUCGUACAUACUGGGUAGAGCCAAUAUGGUGCCCUUCAGAUGUUGCUCAACUGCAACUGCCACCAUCCCUGAUCAUUGACCACGAUUGCCGGGGUUGAUGGAGGUUGUAGUCCAGCGACACCACAUUGCAUACCCCUGGCCUAUACAGAGACCCCUCCAGGUUCCUAGGCUUUCAGCCUGAUAUAUAUGAGUCUUUACUCACAUUUUCAUGGUUUUCCUCCAGACUUGAAAUGGGGAUCAACCAGUUGGUACACUGACAACUGAGCAACUGUUUACUCACCAUGACCAGCUUUUAGCUUGGAGAUGGCCAAUGCGGUGUCUUCUGGCCGUCGCUGAACUACAGCUCCUAUCAACCCUGAACAAUGCUUGCUGGGGCUGAUGGGAUUUGUAGUCCAAGCGCUGCAGGGCGAGACCUCUGUUUUGGCUGCUGGCUUUUGAUGCCUUAAUAGGAACACAGGAGACCUCCUUGUACCAGGCCUGACUACUUGCCCAUUUACUGUAGGUUCCUUUUAGUCCCUGAUGUUACUAUUUAUGGGCUUCCAGGCACCUGUGCCUCUGGACACUAUAUAGGGGGAAAAAAAGUAAUGUGAGACAGAAGCUGGUAGACAGUUGAAUUUCUCUAGCAGAUUCAGAGGUGUGAUCCAUAAGUUGACACUUUGCACAUGGUGAUAUUUAUGCCUUCCAGGUACACAGAGAUUCAAAAGACUCCACCUUUGAAAAAUCUGGGGAAACAAAAUCAAUUGCGUUUCCUUUGGUUACUUGCAAAAUAUCAUAAGAUAUGUAUUUCUGCAGAAUUUGGAAUGAAUGAGGGAUACUGGGCAAACAUACACAGAUUUGCAGAUUUCCCUUCCCUUUUCUAUUUUAUACUUUGCUCCAUCACGGUACAUAAAAUAUAGCUCUGUUUUAAUGAAUCUUAAAAUUGUUACAAUCCUAAUUUAAUUCCAGUGUUAAAUAAAAAUGUAUUUAGUUUACAUUAUUUGAGGGGUGUGUGUAUAUAUAGGCAUGAAUUAGAAUCUUUUAUUUUUCCUGUGGAAACUUAAAUCUGACUUCCCAAUACAUAAUAAUUUAACAAAAUGUAUAUGUCGCUUGAUUGUAAUAAGACCUUAUAAAGUUUUACAAGGAAUAUUAAAAUUAUCACUAAAAACAAUUAAGAACAAUUAAAUAUAAUUUUAAUUAUUAAUAAAAAGGAUUAAAACAUGUCAACAUUUAUGCGUCUGCACAGGCGAGCCUGAACAAAAAUGUUUUAAGAAGGUGCUGAAAAGAGUACUUCCCCCUUAUCCCCGUUCCAACGGCUCAGGGGAAGCUUUGGAGCAGCCGGCGGCUGCGCUCCUGGGCUGCUUCUGUGGGGGAGCUGCGCUGUGGCGUAUGGUCCUAAAGCCUUACUUUAACUUUUCACGUUUGGAAUUUGGAAAAAAACUGUGGCUUAUAUUCGGGCCAAUAUGGUAAAUGCUGAGUUUGCUGCUGAUCCUGGCCUUUUUUUUUUCCUUUUUUUUGUAUUUAGGUCAAUUGUUUGGUGUCCUAUGGACAUUGUCUUGAGUUAGUUGCUUUUCUACAAAAUUAAUAAUAAUCACAUGUUGUUUAAAUGGGAAAGAAUUGAAACUGGAUACUCUUUUCACCUCUGGCACCAGAGUAUUUUUUUGGUCUGCCCUGACACAUUUUAAAACAUUAAUUAUUUAACUUAAUUUGAUUUACAUUUGUAUGUGUGUUAUAUAACCACAUUUAUUUUUUAUUACCUGAGGGAUGAAAACACUUUAAUAAUUGCACUUUUGCUUAUCUGAACUUGCAGAAGCAUUUGUUUGCCAACACUACGUGGAAUAAAAAACAAAACAAAUCUGGCAGAUGGAUUGCAUGCAGAGAUAUCCUCCCUGCCUGCCCCCACACCUUUUAGUAUUGCUUUCUGGUAACUAUAUAUUAAAAGGUAAAGGAUUCCUGGAUGGCUAAGUCCAGUCAAAUUCGACUCAUCUUGCUUUUCAGGCUGAGGGAGCCGGUGUUUUUCCGAAGACAGCUUUCUAGGUCAUGCGGCCAGCAUGACUAAACCGCUUCUGGCGCAACGAAGCACCAUGACCGAACAACGGGAGCUCACCCUCUCACACGAAUUCUUACCUUUCCCAUAUAUUAAAAAGCAUGACUCAAGCCCUUAAGUUUAACAUUUUCAAGAGGAUUGGAAACAAUUACAAAUGAACAAAAAAUAAUUUAUUAAACCCUGCUUCCAACAUAAUUUAUUCAUUUGAACAUAUUAAGCCAACCUUGUAAAUAAGCCCACAAAUUCCUAGCCUGAUUUCUUCUUUUUAACUAUUCAGCUAAGAAACUACGUCUUCUGCCAGCCUGUUCAGUAGAAGACAAAGAAGGAGCAUAGGAAUCUGUCUUAACCAAGUCACACCAUUGCUUCAACUAGUUUGGUCUUGUCUACACAGCGGGUGGUUCAGUGGUUUAGAUCACAGAGCCUCUUGGGCUUGCCAAUCAGAAGGUUGGCAGUUCGAAUCUGCCUGGCAGGGUGAGCUCCUGUUGCUCUGUCCCAGCUCCUGCCAACCUAGCUUUUUGAAAGCAUACCAGCACGAGUAGAUAAAUAGGUACUGUUGUGGCGGGAAGGUAAAUGGCAUAUCUGUCUUCUCUGGUUUCCGUCACGGUGUCUCGUUGCACCAGAAGCAGUUUAGUCCUUCUGGCUGCAUGACCUGGAAAGCUGUGGACAAACUCCAGCUCCCUCAGCCUGAAGCGAGAUGAGUGCCGCAUCCCAUAGUCGCCUUUGGCUGCACUUAAUUGUCCAGGGGUCCUUUACCUUUUAUCUGUCUACACUUACUGGUAGCAGCCUUCCAGAUUUUAGAUGGGACAUUCCUAGUUUCAUCUGCAGAUUCCAGGAAUUGAACCUGAUACCAUCUGCAUGCAAAGCAGGUUCUCUGCUACUGAGCUUGGCUCCUUCCCUCAGGGGUGUACCUAGGGGUUGGUUAGGUAGGCCCUUGCCAAGGGCGCAAUCCCUGGAGGGUGCAAAAAUCACCCCUCUCUAUUCUGGUUCAGAGUGGCUAGGAGCCCUCCUGCCGUCUAAAACAUGCGUUUGCUGAUGGGGGGCGGCACCAAGACAUCUUGUCAACUCUGCCUUCCCUAAAGGAUCAUAAGAGGCAGAGCUGAGAUGUGAGCUUCCGUUUCAGAAAACAGCACAAAACAGUGGGCUGUUGGGAGAGGAAUGUCCCUCUUUCGCCAGUCCACUCACUUGCAUGUUAUUUUGCAUACUCACCUAUGUGGAAUUCCUGCUCCUCUAAAUCUACCAGCUGUACUGCUGAGUCAAAUUAUUGGUCCAGUUUUGCAGUGCCCCCUACUCUGAUUGGCAGUCUCUCCACAGUCUCUGAUCAUGGCUCUUUCCUAAUCUCACUUGAGAUGCUUUUAGCUAGAAAUGCUGGCAACUAAACAUGGGGCCUUCUAGAUGCAAAGCAUGUGCUGCGCACGCCCUUCUCCCCCCCCCCAACUGAGCUGACUCAAGUUUGUUCUGUCUGACUUCACAAUAAGAAUAUAUUGUAUACCCUGUCAUCUGCCAUCAUAAUGAAUGGAAAUUAUUGCUUUUAUGGGAUUAACUCAUGCAAAUUAGCUGUGACAUUCCUGCUCAUGGUAGUGUUCAUUCAUUGGAGAUACAUUUGUCAAAGUGGCUUAUGCCGUAAGAGACCUGCUGCUUUUAAGGGGUCACAAAGAUCUUUGGGUGCUGUUACACAGCAGUUUAUUGUGGACUUGAUGCUGCCCAUGCAUGCAGGUUUUGUGCGUCAUCCACACAACAUCACCACAUAUUAUUUUCCUGUUUUAUUAGUAUUCAUCAUUUCCAUGGAAAAGAUGUGCAGAGCAAAAGUGUGUGGAUUCUUUUCUUUCCGCAGUGGGCUAGUUUCUCCACCUGCUUUCCCUUUCUAGUGUCCAGGCAAGCAGGAGGCAUUGCAGUUCAAGGUCACAAUCCAGCCAGGCAAAAAAUACUCAAAGAGGGUACAAAGUGGGACCAGUGAGGGAUGUAGUUUGGGAGGCAUGGGUGUGGCUGGCAAAGGUGUCUGGUCUAGUGAGAUUCUUGAGGGCCAGAGUGAGAGAGGCCUGGUGGACCCUGGGCCUCAGCUUCCACAUCCGUGUUGUAGUGUUAAAGGCAAAUAUUGUAUGUGUACUGUUACAUGCCCAAUAGCCUUGUCUGAAUCCUGAAUAACUCCUCUCAUAUUCCUGCCACUUGCUGAAGAGUGUAGCCCCCAUCUGUUUCCCUGUCCCCUUCUUACGCCAUGUCUCUUAAGUGCAUUGUGAUAACACAACCAACAUGAAGCCUGGUUGUGCAUUGUCUGUGUGUGUGCUCCUGUAGCUGAAAUGCCUCUUAAAAACCUUUCCAGUGCUAUUUUCCUAGCUAAAGUAGUAUUAUGGAUUGCUUUAAUGCUGGGAUUCUGCUGGGGCUCCUCCCUAGAUGAAAGUCCUGCUCAGCCGAGCCUGUGGGGUGGCUUGCCAAUUAGCACAGAAGGAAACAGCUGCUUAUGCUUUCACGUUGCAUCAAGCUUUUUUGUAUCUGGUCAUGUUGAUAGGAUUUAUUAUGCCUUCUUGCUUCUGUCCAGAAAGAAAGAUUACUGAGGGUGGAAGCCUCUUUUUGAAAGGGGGAUGGUAUAAACAAAGAUUAUGGUGUCAUGUCAGGCCAGAUAAGGCACUGCGUCGUCUUUCAACAGGUCCAAAACAGAAUCUUGAGCUUGUUUGUCUUGCAGGAUAUUGUAGCAGGAGCAGAAUCCCAUGGAUUUUGCAGUCCGUUGCCGAAUCCAGUAACAGCUGGCAUGCAGGAUAGGAAGGGCAUUGGAAAAUACAUUCCCUCUGGCCAACAGGAAGUGGUACCACUGAGAUUUGGUUUGAAAUUAAAUUGAGGGUUGAAUGAAUGAAUUUUCAUGAGCACCUUCUUGAAGAAAUAGUACAAACUGAAUAAACAGUACAGUUGUACAAACUGUGGAACACUGAUGUGGAAAAUGAUGUGGAACACUGAUGUGGAAAAAUGAGAGAGAAACUGAAACUGAUGGAUUCAUCCAGCCUUACUAGGACGUGUGCACCAUGUCUGCUGCAAACGCUGUGAAUAUCCUUCCACAGCAGGCUUGCUGUUGAAAUUAUGUAUAUCUACAUUUGCAGUCUAUGCCUCUCUUACACUGGAGGCCUUGGUGCAGAUUCAUUCUGGCCAUUAAAAGAGAUGAGUGUGAUGUUGAUGAUGGUAUGACAGGUUGAACCCUCUCUUGGCUCAUGGUACAUUAAAAGGAGCAAAGUGGGAACACGGUUGCCUUUUAUUCUAGUUGCACUGGCUUCCGUACUGUCACUUAAGAGUGUGUGUGUGUGAGUGAAAGAGAGAAUGAGAAUGUACUUUUCCCUGUACGUCCCCUUCUCCCAAGCUUCCCGAACAGUGGAAUUUGCAGAUAGGGAAGGGAGAGGAGGAACAUUUCAAGAUCUAAACCAGUGAUAGGCAACAUGGUUCCCUUCAGAUGUUGUUGAACUAUAGUUUCUACCAACCCCACCCAACAUAGCUAAUGGUCAGGGAAGAUGGGAGUUGUAGCCUAGCAGCAUCAGAAAGCUAAACAUGGGGUCGGGCCAUAGCUCAGUGGGUAGUGUUUAGGAUGCAGACAGUCUCAAGUUCAGCUCCUGGCAUCCUCAGGUGCGGCUGGGAAUGUCCGCUGCCUGAACCCCUAAAAAGCAACUGCCAGCUUUCAGUGUUCCUAAUGAGGCACCUGAAUUUUAAAGAAGAAAAGCACAUCCAUAAAAUCGUAUUUAAUUGUGUGACUUGAUUUCAUAAGCAACUGCCUUUGCCACGUUCAUUAUUCAAGCUACUGUAUGGUCAUUAACAGGGGCUAACAGGCUUGAAUGAAAUUGCCUUAUGGGAUGGCGAAUUCUUUGCUUAGCUGAAGACUAAAGAGUGCUAAAAUGGCAUUAUUGCCAGCCUCUUUCCAACAGACGUAUGUGGAUGGCUGACCUAGAUAUUUCUCUCUUCCUUCUCCCCCUCCCCACAUACUCUGAAUAUGACAAAAAGGAUUUGGCAUCUUUUCUAGGGAAGCAACCACUGUUAAGUGCUCUGUGCAAUCACAUUUUAAUCUCAAAAUGCCACAAAAUGGCCCAGAUCAAUGCAAGCUUCUUUCAUGCUGGAGGGUAAACAACAUUCUGAUGGACUUGAUUCAUCCUCUUCCCCUUUUGCCUUUAGGUUAGUAUUGCUCUGUUCAAACUCACAUUUAUGUCUCUUUCUGGAUGACCUCUGUACUUAGUUUGUAAUAACAAAAGUGUGAGGAUAUAAGGUUGCCUGGGAAUAAUUUAUCCUGGCAUGCAUAUUACUGUAUUUUUCACUCUAUAAGAUGCACUUCCCCUCCAAAAAUUAAGGGGAAAUGUGUGUGCGUCUUAUGGAGCGAAUGCAGGCUCCAUGGCUUCAGCAAAAGCAACACGAAGCCUCUGGAGUGCAGCGGGAGCUUUCGCUGAAGCCUAGAGAGCAAGAGGGGUUGGUGCACAGAGAGGGAGAGCUACGCAGUGCCCCUUCAGUGAAGCGGGAGGAGAAAAGGAGCCCCUUCCGUUUCUCCUCCCGCUUUGCUUGUUCUCCUCCUCUAAAACUAGGUGCGUCUUACGGUCGGGUACGUCUUAUAGAGCAAAAAAUACGGUAAUUGGAAGUGCUGUGGACUGAACCUGGGACCUUCUGCAUGCAAAGCAUAUACUCUGCUGUUGUGUUAUGGUCCCUCCCUAGAGGGAUAAGCGUUGUGUUAGUUCAAGAACAAAAUGGCAGAAUUUGGAAGAUCUACACAGAUGGAACACAACUUCUGGAAAUAAGAAAGUUGAGCUUUCCCAGGGGCAACACUGGGGCUUUGGAAAAAUGUAAUGAAAGAGUGCACUUCAGAAAAUGAAUGGUUGUUGCCUAGAGACAAUGGUUCUUGGCAAUGGUUCUUUCCAGUGCCUUUUGGGUCAACACAGCAGUGGUUGGUGAGCACAUACUGUGGUUGCUAGGCACCCACAAAACACCCCCCAAACCAUCAGAAUAGGUGUUUAGGAGUUGCUCAGGGCUGCUCACUCACUACCCUCUUAGAAGUGUCUGUGUGCCUGAGCACCAUAGCAUGAAAGCCAAUUCUUGCUCCCUGUUUCCUUCAAGCAUAUUCAUUAUUAAAUUGGCUUAACUUUGAUUCAGGGUUUAGUUGCCAGUUCAUAGGAACAUAGGAAGCUGCCUUAGACCACACCAGACCAUCACCCAGGGUUGUCCACACUUGGUCAGCUGUCUAGGGCUUCAGAGUAGGGUCUCUUCCAAUCAAUACUUCCAAUGUAGGCAGCAAGAAUGAAUCUGUGUUUUCUCUGUAUUCUGGCUAUUUUUAUCAUUUCUGGGCAUUUGGAAAGAUUAACUAAUGGUAUCAUUUUGGAUGUACACACUCCUAUUGUUUAAUGCUUUUGGACCCAGAUCGUUUUAUUAAUUUUUUUAUUUUGGAAUUGAUGUGGCAAAUGAAAUGUCAGUGGCUCUGUGCACAGCAGUUGUUUAUAUCCCUUGGUAUAGUGAUCACCAUUCUUAGACUAGCCUGCAUCAUCUGGCUCCCCACUCACUUUCCUCUAAGCUCAUCCAUUUCGUUUUGGAAAGAGAGACUUAUUCAUUGAAUCUAGCAGACAGAAAACAACAUAUAACAUCAUUUGUCUCCUUGGAUUCAUUUAGAAUCAAGAAGUAAACAAGACAUUGUUGCAUUUGCAAUUGGUUUAGCAGUUGUCUCCGAGUGGAAUAUCGCUCUUUUCCUAAUCUGCAUCUAUUCCAAGUCAGUUACUUAAAUAUUUGAUUUGCAAAGGAUUUGUGAAACAGAAGGGAAGCUUUUGUUUUAUUCUUAGCUUGGAAAGGAAUUUUAGUUGCAAAUGAUUCCCAGGCUACGCACACACUUCCUUUUUUCUCUUCUUUUUUGUGGGUCAGUGGCGACAGUAUGUUGGAGAUCUUUUAACCAUAGAAGUGUUGCUGUAACCAUAGAAGUCAUGCAUGCUUCCUGCUUCAAGCCUCCAUCACAUAUUUCCCUUUGCAAACCUUAAUCACAGUAAAGCAUUACAUUGAUUACCAUCAAGGGAAGAUUCCCAGCUGGGUAUAAUUGCUGUUUACAACUCAGCACUUUGUUCUGGCAUCGUCGAUCUCAUUUCCUUCCUCUCCCCUUUCCCUCCAUACUUCUUCCCUUGUGUGUUGCGUCACCGAAGCUAGCCAUGGUUAAUGCUAAUUGGACUGUUUUAAAGCAGGACUUGAGGCUGGUUAGCAAACCCUGGUUAAGAGGGAAGCUGGUUAGUAGGAACCACAGCAACUUAUGAUUGUGCUUUCUUCUAUUAGCCUAAUUAAGCUAAGUGGCCUGGUUAACACAUCAGUGGUAAGCCAUGGUUUAUGUAGCUUAACUGAUUGGUUUGUAUAGCCAACUAAUUAUGGUUUGUUUAUGGUCUAUGAACCAGAAGAUGAAAACAUUGUUUUAAUUUGGCAAAUGAUUCUUUGCUUGAGUAAACAAUGGUUUCUUGUUACCUAUGACACCAUUAUCCUCAUUUGUUUUGGCGCCGUAUCCCCACAUGCUUACCAGGCUACAGAGAAGAGAGGGAAGAAGAGUUAGAAAAUGAAACCAACACUGAGCAAAUAAAUAAAUAAAUAGAUAAAUAAAUAGUGCUGUGGCUACUCAUCUGUGAGACUGAUUUCUGGCGUAUUAUUGUUUGUGAAUUCAGCCACCAUGUGCGCCCCAUUUCUCAGCCUGGCCCUGAUAGCCAUUGUUAAGAGAAUUCCAAUGUUAUAUCUGUAUUGUCACUAUGAAACUGAGAAGAGGUUUCCCAGGACUUGGGCAAUACUUUGCCUUCCAGUAUUUGCCAGGUGCAAAUAAAGUGUUCGUUCUAUUUUAUGAAAAGUAGCAGUGUAUGUUAAUAAAACAGUUAAACAAGCCACAGUAAGGAACCCAUUGGGUGGGAUGUCUCACUAAAGGAUUCCUCGCCUCUUGAAAAAUGCAUGACUUUUGCUUUAUUAUUAUUAUUAUAAUUUAUAUACUGCCCUUCAUCUGAAUAUCCCAGGGCGGUGUACAACAUUAAAAACAUAAUUUACGUAACAUAAUAAAAAUUCAAUAAAACAAUCACAGAAAAUAAUAAUAGCAAUAAUACAGUCCUCCAUAUUUAAAGGGCAUUGAUUGUUUAAUGGCCAAAGGCCUGGGGGAAGAGGAAUGUGUUCCCCUAGUGCCUAAAGACAUGUAAUGAUGUCGCCAGGUGAGCCUCUCUGGAGAGACCAUUCCACAGACGGGGAGCCACUACAGAAAAGGCCUGUUCUCAUGUUGUCACCCUCUGGACCUCUCAUUGGGGAGACACACGAAGAGGGGCCUCAGAUGACAAGCGCAGGAUUUGGGCCAGUCCGUAUGGGGAGAGGCUUCCUUAAGGUAUUGAGGCCCUGAGCCAUGUAGGGUAUAGCAGAUCCCACUGCUAACACCAAAAUGUUGCAGAUCCCCUUGCUCUGGUUACAAAAUGUGGCAGAUCCCACCUACGUAUACAUUAUAUAACCACCCUGGGUUAUCUUUGGGUUUUUAUGUGGAGGUAAACUUUUUUAAUUGAUAUUUUAUUGAAAAAAAUUAAAUUAUAAAGCAAUAAAGUGAUACAAAAAUAUUAAAAAAAACUGUGUAAAGAAAACAAAACUGUGUAAGGGGGAAAAACAUAUGAAUAUUAACAAAAAUACCCUUACCCAUACAUUCUUUUAUAAAUUUGAUAUUAUUAUACUAAUACUAAUGUAAAUAUUAAUGGCCUACUACAUUUUGUAUAAAUUCAUUCCAAAAUUGUCAUAUUUAUCCAAGCAGUUGCAAGUGUUAUCAUAUUAUCAAUCCACUGAUUAAAGGAGAUAAUGUCUUUAUUCUUCCGGUUCAUCAAUAUCGUUCUCUUGGCUACCAUUAGAGUGCAUAAAAUCCAUUUUUGUUGUCUUGUUGUUAACUUCCAUAUAGUAGAAGAAGCAGCUUAUACUCCUCUCUUGUCCCUCACUGGAAACUUCCUAAAUCAGUGGUGUCAAGUGUGAGAUGUGGUUUUAAUAAAAGUCCCAUCCCACAAAGUUUGCUGAGCACUGAGUAUGCAUAUUCUGUAACAGCAACUCCAAAUUCAUGUGUAGGGAGGAAGCUGGCCAGCUCCCACUGCUAACUCUAAUUACAUUCUUAAAUGAAAUGGCUUGCAAGAGGAAAUUCACUUGGUAGAGUUCCCACAAUUUCAUCACAUGCAGGCAGACCUAAUGCUGUUGAGGUGAAGUCCCAUUACCCAGAUGUAUUAGAACAUACAAAUGUUAUUUAAUAUUUCACUUGGGAGGCAAAGAUGUCCACUAAGAGUUUUUUGUGUAUCCCCUUUUUUAAGGAUUUCUGUGUUAUAAAUGACUUUUGACUUAUGAUCAGCUCUUGCUCAUUUGAUUUUGUGUGCAUAAAACAGUAAGAGUUUUUAUAGUGUGCGGAAAGUUUGAUGCAACCCUUAAGCAAAGUUUCUAAUUAAAACUAACGCUUAUUGACAUGAAACAGUUUUCCUGCUGUUAAGUCUUGUUCCCUAACUCAAAUAAUGAAGGAAAUUUCCUAUAUGCUUUUAAUGAUUAGCCAGACCUUUGUGUGUGUGAGCAUAAAGUUAAGGGGAGCAGGGAAGAGAGAGCGUUCCCUAUGUGCAGAUAAUUGUUAUAGUGUCUAUUAAUAGUUAUGCCAGGAAAAAGUGGCUGAAUAAAGCACAAACUGUUCAUUUGCACAGCCAGGAUGUUUUUUACACACAUGUGCACAAAGAUGGCAGUGCAGUAUAAUAGCAGGAAACGAUAAAAUGCUUCUUCCUUGCCUAUUCCCCGCUCCCCAUCUGUCCACAUUGAUUUCACUUUUUUAUGCAUGCAGGGCUUUUUACUAUCAAAGGGGAGGUUUUUGCUGCAUAGGAUGUUCUCAUACUCUUUAUUUAUUUACUUCAUAUAAUUUAUACACUGCUUGAUUGUAAAAACAAACUUCAAAGCAGUGUACAAGAGGAGUAAAAAAUAAAAUUGUCAGUUAAAACAGUUCAAAACAAGGAUUUUUUUUAUAAAAAAAGUUAAAAUGGGCGAUACACUUAAAAAAAGAUUAAGAUACCAGUCAACAUUCUGCAUGUCUGUGUAGGCUUGUCUAGCAAAAAAUGUUUUUAACGGGGUCUAAAAAGAGUACAACAAAGGUGUUUGCCUGAUGUCAACAAGCAGCAAGUUCAAAAGUAUAGGUGCUGCCACACUAAAAAGAUCAAUUUCUUAUGAAUGCAGAAUGGGGAUUAUGUGGCAUCUGUAACAGUGCCAGUUGUGCAGAUCGAAGCGGUCAAGUGGGCAUAUGUUACCUGAGGCAAUAUCUCAGGUAAACCCCCAGACUAUAGAUAGUAGUAAUUAUCUGUCUGUCUGUCUGUCUCUAUCUAUCUAUCUAUCUAUCUAUGGAUGACUUUCCUGUUACACAAUCCUGAUGGAGCCCCAUUCAAAUAAAAUAACUCCAAUAGAGUGUCAUUGUCCUGGGACCCACCAGGCGACUAAGCUUCAUCCAGGUCAGCUUGAUUCCCUCUGUGCCAGGAGCAGAUUGAGCCAAUUCUAGCCAGUGGGUGUUGCAAAUACACUAGAGUUGGUUGUCUUGAUUUAGGGACUGCUAAACAUUUUCUUUCAAUGAGUGGCUUGAUACUGGGGCACCCUUCGCUUUUGAUUGGCUCCUGCAGAACACGGCCCAUCAGUUCAGCUGGAGCUGUCAGAGUUGGCUGUCAGAGUAUUCACUAUUUUGCACCUCAGAAAUACCAGUGGCUAUAACCCCGAUUUUGGCUGAAAACAUGUGUGAUGCAGGAGAUCUGUAUGUUCUUCUUGUGUGCCCUAUGCCUAAGAGACAUCUUGUUCUUUUGCUCUGUAAGGCCCUACCUGCCCUAUACAUUUGUAGCUGUAUCAUACUGCUUUGGAUAGCCAUGACUUCCUGCAAAAAUCCUGGGAACUCUAGUUAGUUAACGGUGCUGAGAGUUGUUAAAACAUCCCCUUUUCUGCUCAGAGAGCCACAAUUCCCAGAGUGUCCUGCCUCACAGGGAAUUCUGGGAUUUUUAGCUGGCAACGGCUGUCACGUGGAAGAUGGGGCAGGCUUGUUUUAUGCUGCUCCAGUGGGUAGUAACUAAACCACUGGAUUCAAAUAAUAAGAGAGGAGAUUCCAGCUAAAUAUUAGGAAGAACUUUCAGAGGGUAAGAGCUGUUUGAUGGUGGAAGGUGUCAUUGGAGGUUGGUUGGCUAGCAGAGAUCUGUAUUUCAGGGGCUUGGACUACAUGACCACGGGGAGCCUUCCCACUCGACAAUUCUGUGAUUGUAGUUAGGUGCUGUAUAAAUGGUUAAAAUCAGAUGUUUUCAACCUUUUUGAGUCCACAGCUCCCUUAACCAACUACAUUCUUUCUGUGGCCCCCCUGUGGGGCUCAGGAGCCCACUUAUGUCCCCGCUUGCCUGCAGAGGUGGCAACCCCUCACCCUUUUUCGAACACCCUCCAUUGUGGAAUGUUCCCUCUGCCUCCGCUCCUCUCCCCUCACCUUAGGAGUCCUAUGAGCUGCCCUCCCCCUGCCUUAAAGAGAGGUGCCUCCUCACGCCGCCCCACAGGGGCCGGGGAAGCACCAAUUGGCCAGCUCCAGAGGCACCAUUCACCAGGGCUGAUGCAACAGAGAGGCAGAGAUGCAAGAGGGCAUCCAAGGAGGGAACGAAAGAGGGACAGAGGCUAGUGAUUCCCACAGCAUCCCAGGGUACCAUGGCACACUGGUUGAAAACCACUGGUUUAAAUAAUAAAAAUUAAAAGAACAUAAAUGUUUUGAGGAAAAGUUGGUCUUUCCUUUCAAAUGUAGCCAUGUUUACCAGUUUGGUGAACUUCCCAUUAUUUUCUAAACAUUCUUGGUAGAAUCAUAUUCUUGGAUUUUGCUUGUCCCCUUUAUGAAUGGCUACUGCCUUAUGAAAGAUUUCUUUCAACUCUGCUAUUUUUGUUUGGUAUUUGGGAGUUUUUAGAGGGGAGGGGCUGAAAUAAAUCUGAUAGUGCAGAGUCUUUUGCAGUUCCCUGUCGGAUACAUUAAUGGUGCUUAUCUCCCCCAACCAGUUUAUUUUUUUUAUAAAAGAAGAAGGCACAUAAUGUUUUCAGUGUGGCUUGGUGCAUAAAACCUCACUGAUAAGCAAACAGUGGUUAGCCUUGUUGUCUAGCUUUGGCUUAUUGUCUGUUUGUUUUUAUUUUGAGCUGAUUAAUUGGCUCGGGGGAGAAGGAGGGCGGUGGGAAAGGGGAACAGUAGAGACAAUGGCAGCAAUCAAGAAACAAGCCAGGGUUGGGAGGAAGAAUGCGGGAGAUUGUAAUUGGAGGUUUGCUUUGGGAGUUGGGGUUGAAAGUUACAUGUGUCUGUGUGGGGGGAAGGAAUGAAAAUGGUUAAGGGAAUCCGCAUUCUGCUGUGAGAUGGCGAGAAGUCAUUGGACACAUUUGUGUCUGGAGCUGACCAUACAUGAAUGAAAUAACACCUUGGAUAGUCAUGUAUAUCUGAGAUCUGCAGGUAUAGGACAGUAUACAAAUUUAAUAAAUAAUUUAAUAAAUGUAUUGAAUUAACAAUUCAACAACAACAAAAAGCUGCUUUAUACAUGGGCUCAAUACAGUCCACACUGGCUGGUAGCAGUUCUCUAGCCAUCCCAACUUGGGAGAUGCUGAGGAUCUUUUGCUUGUGAAGCAUGUAUAGUAAGCCUCCACUGUGUGAAGUCUUAAAGUAACUCAAGAUUGCGUUCUGAGGCGACAUGGGCAUGGGCCGGACUCAGUGGAGACCCAGUUGUCUCCUGAGUAGGGCUGGACGAUAUCUGGUUUUUGGCAUUGUGAUGUAUCACCAGCCAAAUAUCACAAUACUAUACUGAUAUGAUCACUGCAGAUGGUGACAGCAGUCACGAAAUUAAAAGACGCCUGCUCCUUGGGAGAAAGGCGAUGGCAAACCUAGACAGCAUCUUAAAAAGCAGAGACAUCACCUUGCCAACAAAGGUCCAUAUAGUUAAAGCCAUGGUUUUCCCAGUAGUGAUGUAUGAAAGUGAGAGCUGGACCAUAAAGAAGGCUGAUCGCCGAAGAAUGGAUGCUUUUGAAUUAUGGUGCUGGAGGAGACUCUUGAGAGUCCCAUGGACUGCAAGAAGACCAAACCGAUCCAUUCUUAAGGAAAUCAGCCCUGAAGGCUCACUGGAAGGACAGAUCGUGAAGCUGAGGCUCCAAUACUUUGGCCACCUCAUGAGAAGAGAAGACUCCCUGGAAAAGACCCUGAUGUUGGGAAAGAUGGAGGGCACAAGGAGAAGGGGACGACAGAGGACGAGAUGGUUGGACAGUGUUCUCGAAGCUACUAACAUGAGUCUGACCAAACUGCGGGAGGCAGUGGAAGACAGGAGUGCCUGGUGUGCUCUGGUCCAUGGGGUCAUGAAGAGUCGGACACGACUAAACGACUAAACAACAACAACAACAAUACUGAUAUAUCACAAUGUCUGAAAUAAGGAUGGAGCUAUGUAGAGGCAUUGGCUGGCUUCAUGGUUUUCCCCACAUUGUGAUUUUUGCAUAGCACAUGCACACGCACACCAUGAUUUGCAAUAUAUUGUCAGGUCAAAAGUUAGGAAACCCUUAUCACAAUAUGGAUUUCAAACCGUUUUGGACGAUAUAUUGAUAUAUUGCCCAGCCCUAUUCCUGAGUUCAGGAUACAAGGUAGGAGAAGGGGGGGGGGGCUGCAAAGAGCAGAGGCAUGACCACCAUGGAUCAGGGCCAUCCACAACAGUUGGUUCUGGAACCUACUGACAAUAUUUGCUGGAUCCAUUUAGACAGGGCUUUUUUCAGCUGGAACUCGCAGGAACUCACCUCUCAGGUGGGUGCCAUUGGCAUUCUGAGAGAACGAGGGAGGCGUUCAUAGUGAGUUCUGGCACCUCUUUUUCUAGAAAAAUAGCCCUGCAUUUAGAGGUUCUGAAUGCCAAUUUGCUAUCAUUUGGGUGCUUUUGUACAUGUGAAAUACAUGGUGGGCCUUGGUGCCUGCUGUUUCCAGUACUGUAGUGUUUGAUUUGCAUAAUACCCUGAGCUUUUUUGCAAAUAGUGUAUUAUUUAUCACGAACAGCUGUCAGCUUACAGAAGAGACUUAAUAAGUGGUGCCAGUCUUGGCUUAAUGCAGCCUUGAACUGUCAAAGUGCUGAAAGGGAAUUGCAGAAAAUGGGGUGACAGUGUUGCUUUCAUGUGCCAUGUUCCUAAUCCUGAAGCAGACUUCCUUUUCCAUUUGUACCAAAACCACUUCUGCUUUCUUAUGUAGCCUGCUGUGAUGCAUUGGUGGGCAUUUGGAGCGAGUGAACCCUAGCUGCUUUCACAAGUGCUUGUGGAGAAUGUGUCUUUUGUUUUUGCUUUUAGUUUUGGACUUGAAAUUUGGGAAGGAACCAUUUUGAUUGCAGUGAGUUUCCAGGAACGUGAUGCUUGCAAUUUGGCCCAAUUCAUUUCAAAUUUUGUGGCUAUCUUCAGGGGUAACUGUUCGAAUAUAUUCAAAGCAUAACAGAGGAAUCCUUUGGCGUUUCAGAAGUUGUUGGACUACAAUUCCCAUCAUCCCUCAGCAUUGGUCUUGCUGACUGGUCCAGAUGCGAGCUGAAGUCCAACAACAUCUGGGGGGGGGGGUCCCACCUCUGAUUCAAAGUAUGACUAGAGCCCCUUUCAGAUCCUUCUCCAAACAGUGUGGUGGGGGGAGCGGGACUGCACCUACUGCUUGUCAAAUUGUCAUGAACACUGUCUGUUCCACUGAUCUCAACUUUUGCAUGUCAAAACAGAGGUCUGAAAAGCAGCCCCCCCUUUCUGAUCUGUGGCACUGUACACAGAGUGUGACAAUAUUAUGUUCAAGGCAGUGUUUUAUGCAUUGCAUGGGGUGAAGGUCUGGAAGGCACUUAAAGCAGCCUCCUAUACUUUCUCAAAGUAAUGUUGCUGCAAGCCUUGAAAUGUGUUGGAGAGGUCAGCAAAAUAAUUUGCAGUGCACCUUUUGGGGUUUCUUCUCUCUCCCCACCCCAACAGCAUGUCAAAUAUACCAGAACAUCCAAUUAAAAUGAAAUGAAAAAUAGAUUUUUAAAAAAUUAAACUCCACUUUAUAGUGAUGUGACUCCAGACACAAAUGACAAUAUACAGUGGUACCUCAGGUUAAGAACUUAAUUCGUUCUGGAGGUCCGUUCUUAACCUGAAACUGUUCUUAACCUGAGGUACCACUUUAGCUAAUGGGGCCUCCCGCUGCCGCCACACGAUUUCUGUUCUCAUCCUGAGGUAAAGUUCUUAACCCGAGGUACUACUUCCAGGUUAGCAGAGUCUGUAACCUGAAGCGUCUGUAACCCGAGGUCCCACUGUAUUUUUCAAGAUUUUGGUUAUAUCACUGAAGGAUUUUCAAACCUACAUGUGUGAAGGGGAUUUUCCUGUACUGUCCGCAUCUCUCCCCUCUCUGCACACCUUGCAGUGUGCAGGGGAAGGUCUGGGUCAUUUCCAAGGCAGUGUAUAAGCAAGGGUUCACAAAUGCCCUUUCCAGCUUGCCACUGGCGAGUGAAUCUUUUGCUGUUAAGCAUUUGUUUCUAGAUUGUUGUUGAUAAACUUAUAAAAUAUUUUAAGCUGCUUUGAGCAUUAGUAAUGAAAGAAUUAAAAAACAAACCCAUGAGCAUGCAUUCGUUUUUGCCAAUGUUUGUCGUUUUUAUUUUAUUUCUUCAGUUGAUCACGUUGUUCCUGAACCAGGCACCAGUUUGCUCUCUGCAUUUGACCAAUGGCGAGAGUGGGCAGACAGCAAGUCCUGCUGCGAUUACUCUUUGCAUGUGGACAUCACGGAGUGGCAUAAAGGAGUUCAGGAGGAGAUGGAAGCCUUGGUUAAGGAUCAUGGUAAGCCUGAGGAGUCUUUAUUUAGUGCUUGCUCAGUUCUUUAGUUUCUGAGGCAAACACAAAGGCACAAAAACAUCUGCAUCCUAGCUGCAACUUUGACUUCUGCUUUCCACUUAGAAGUCAUAGCUGGUCUUGCUGUACAUAGAGAGGAUUUAUUUAAAUAAUGUACCUGUCAUUUCCCCAUGCUCAGUGUGGUUUAUGUAAAUAUCCCAAGCAUAAGGCGCAUCAAUGAGAGCAAUAGCAACAGCCUUUCAACAUACUACACAAUUAAUUUUGAAAAAAACUCCAAUUGAGUCAGCAGCCAGGGCAGACCUGUGUCACUCCCUGGUCAACAGUGACUGGAGGUGGCUCUCCAGGGUGGAAGGCAGGAGCUUUUGCCAGCCUUGCCUGGAGGCACCAGGGAUUGACCCUUGGUGCUUGUACAUGCAGAGCAUGCGCUCUACCACUGCUGUGGCCCUUCCAUUUUGAAUGGGCUUUCCAUUCUGUCCAGAGAGGGAAUAGUAGCUCCUGGCCUCGCCACAAAGUCACCAUUCUCAUACCCUAUGUUAUGACUGCUCUCGUGGUGCGCGUGGGAUCGUGUUCCUGCAAUCAUAAGUAAUGAGAACGUGCAAAUAGGCAAAUCUGAUCUGCAUUUGUUUGUUUGUUUAAGAACUUUCCCCGUGGCUCUUCAAGCAAUAGGGUUUCCACAGUGGCUUACAGAUAAAUUAAAAAGGAAAAGGAAAGAAAAGGCAGCCCCUCCAAAUGGAUUUUCCAUCUAAAAACACAACAAAGAAUAAAGGAAGGAGGGAGGAGCAAAAAAAGCAAACUUUUAGCGCCAGGUCUUAAAGCCAGGGUUACAUAACUGGCUUGUCAUGUGAUGUUUGGGUUUGAGAAGUUUUUGCCCUUUCUUUAUUGGACUGUAUGGUACAUUGGGGCUUCACACAGGUAUGACCCAGUGUGGUUGUCCAUAUGUUUACAACUAAAUGGAAUUCUGAUGGAUUUUAAAUUUCCUUCCCUCUCUUGCUUCUGAUAGGUGUGAAUUCUUUCUUGGUGUAUAUGGCUUUCAAGGAUCACUUCCAACUCACAGAUUCUCAGGUAUGGUACCUUCUUGGUUUGCAUUAUAGCUGAUCCAAAAUAUUUGGCUCAGAUUUUUUGGGCAUUCCUUGGGUGCAGGGGAAAAAUACCCUUACAGUUUUUCAAGGAAAUAAGGAUUUGAGGUAGGGUGGGGGGUAAGACCUUUUGGUGGGAGGUUCUUACCUUAAUACAAGGUGGCUGAGUGUGUCCCCUCUCCUGUUUUCAAAAACCGGGAGUGAGGAACUUGUGACUCUCCAGAUGUUGGGAGUUCCAACUCCCAUUGGCCCCAGCUAGCACGCCAGUGGAUGACAGUGACUAUGGGAGCUGUAAACUGGAAACAUACAUACAUUUAAAUCUCUUCUAGAUUUUCAAACUCUGUACACCCACAGGGGUGGGCUCUUGGCUUCAGGCCCUGCCUGUAGGUUUCCCAGGGGCAUAUUAUUUGGUCACUAUGUGAAGCUCAUUAUGCUCUUGGUUUACUUUGUGGAGAGCAGCUGGCCCAGCCCAGCCAAUAUGGUUGGAGGCCAAGGUUCAAAUCCUUGCUCAUCUGUCGCUCUUUCUGGGCAGCCUUGGGGUAGCUUAACCCACCCUGAAGUGUUGUCAGAUGAGAAUAAACUGACAUAAUCCUCAUCUAUGCUGGAGGGAGAUGUAGAUAGAUAGCUGCUCAGUUAUUAUGGCUGUAUGGAAUCUUUUUGUGUUAACUUCUCAGAAUUCCAUAGAUGGGUUGAGGUAGCUGGAAAAUUCAUUCCCUGAGUCCUGGAAUGGGAGGGUGAGCAUUAGAGAUGUUGGAAACGUAAUUUAGGAAAGCCAGCACCCUUUCUCUCUUGUCUCCCUAGAUAUACGAGGUCCUGAGUGUGAUCCGUGACAUUGGGGCCAUAGCCCAAGUUCAUGCUGAAAAUGGAGACAUCAUUGCUGAGGUAAGCAGAGUUUCCCGAUCACGAGAAGUAAUGAACUCUCUUCAGGCGUUCUGAAAGGGAGUUUGCUCAGCAAUAGUGCUGGCUUUUUCCCAUUGGGACUGGGGCCAGAGCCAACGACGAGUGGAGCCAACUUAAUUCUAGUUUUGUCCCCAUCCUCCUCCCCACUGAAUUCUACAAGGGCAAGACUGAGACUAAGAAGGAGGAAGAUGGCAGAGACUGGUACCCCCUAGACUGGUUGUUAGUAAGAUGGGGAUGGGGCUGUAUCCCAUUUUCUCAAAUGGACCAGGUUCCUCUGUCAAUGGGCAAGAUGGCAGGUCGGGGGAGAGACCAUGGAGUAUUAGCUUCAGCACUUUGGAAGAAGUCCUUGACACAUGUUAGUAAAGGCAUUUAAUCUUUUCUCCUUUCCAUUUUGCUUUAGGAACAGCAGAGGAUCCUGGAACUAGGCAUCACCGGCCCCGAGGGGCACGUUUUGAGCAGGCCUGAAGAGGUGAUGGAUAGUUUUGGCUUAUUCCUUUGCCACAAUUGCCUUUCAUGACGCCAGUGGCAAUAACACAGAAUACUGCAUCUCACAUUGAGGAGUUUGCAUUCUACACAUGGUAGCCACAUGUACGGCAGAGGUGGUCAGAUGGCACAGAGGCCCCAAUGGGGUAGGGGUUAGUUCACAGAACCAUAGAGUUGGAAGGGACCCUGAGGAUCAUCUAGUCCAACUCCCACAAUACAGGAAUAUGCAGCUGCCCUUUAUGGGGAUCGAACCUGCAACCAUGGCGUUAUCAGCACCACUCUCUAACCAACUGAGCUAUCCAUCUCUUCAAUUGAAAGGCAGUUGUAGACCUUGUUAGCCUGGAUGAAGGGACAGAGAGAGGUGUGUGUGUGUGUGUUUAGAAACUAGUCCACUGUACAGAGGAAACAUAUUAUGUUUGUAGCUCCGCCUGCUUUUGCCUGUGGCUCUGCCCACUCCUGGCACGUGGCACCCAGAAGGGAAUGCCGCCUUCAGGCAAAACACGGUUCCCCAAGCCUGUUGUAGGAGGUGGUUAGCUAGGCAUCUGGGUCAGCGAGCCUGCCAAAAGGUAUAUUGGUGUCACAAAAGCAAGUUGCUGGCGAAGGAAAACCAAGCAUCAAGAUCUCAUCAGGAAACGGAGGAUCUGAUGUGUGUGUGUGGGGGGGGGUGCGGAGGGGCACCAGGCAGAAUUUUGGCUCAGAUUUCCUGUCUGUGCUACUUGGACCCAUUGUGAGUGGGGGAGGUGAAGAAACCUCUAAAGGAGAAGGCAGCAACAAUGGCAGGGAUGGGAAGAAGGGAAGCCACGUUUCUGCAAGGGUAGGGAGCUGAAAGCUGCAGGAGCGUUGCUGAUUUCUUCCGAGGAGCAGAGGAACACGAGAUGGGAAGGUUGGGGAGGCAGCAUGCAGUGGUGAGGCAAGGGAAGAUCAGGUCCACUCCCCCCCCCCCCGAAUGAUCGCAGGAUUCCCCUAUCUCCUACAUGCUUUCCAAAUCUGCUUCAUGGGACAGGUGGAGUUUUAUAUCUGCAUCGCAGGAACUUGGACUGUGCUGAACAGAAUGGUCCAGGCACAGGGAAUGUUCUUCAGCUUAAAAGCCACAUUCCUAUCUGGGCAAUCUUCUUUUUUGGGGUGGGGAGGGGGACACAUGCUAAUGCUGGGUGGGACCAGGGAUCAAAAUGUGUGCAAAAUGAAAGCAAAUCUUACCUUUGUACAGUAGGCUAGUUUCUACUCACCCCCUCUCACCCCCCUGCCAUCCUCCAUCCAGGCAAGCAGGAGGCGUGAUCAAGGCUCAUGGACCCAUUCCAUGCAGGUGAAAAGCAUCCAAGGCGAGGACAUGAAGUAGGACUGUUGAGGGGUGUUUCCUGGGGACAGGCCUGGAGGCUCCUUGGGUUCUUCACCCCUGGUAAAAUGCUCAAUGCAUUUGCAAAGCUUUGUCCACAUCAGAUGCUAUCUGUCUGUCUACCUAUCUAAUUUCUAAACUGCACUUUCAUAUGAAAUAUCUUAGAGCAGUAUACAACUUGAAAAACACAGUAAAAACAAUAAUAAUUGGCACCCGCCGGUCUUGAGGGACGAUGGAGUGCGCCUCUGGGAAUGAAGUCCAACCACUGGAGAAUCACUGUGCCUGCUGUGGCUGCAGAGACUGGCAACUUGUAUUGCUGCCUGAAGUGGUCUCUCUGGGAUGCAAGCCUGGGCAGAGUUAGAACUUCUCCCUGCAAACAAACAAGCAAGCAAACAAACAAACAAAUAUACAUGCAUGCAUGCAUGCAUGCAUAAAAGGUAAAGGGACCCCUGACCAUUAGGUCCAGUUGUGGCCGACUCUGGGGUUGUGGCACUCAUCUCGCUUUAUUGGCCAAGGGAGCCGGCAUACAGCUUCCGGGUCGUGUGGCCAGCAUGACUUAGCUGCUUCUGGCGAACCAGAGCAACGCACGGAAACGCUGUUUACCUUCCUGCCGGAGCGGUACCUAUUUAUUUACUUGCACUCUGACGUGCUUUUGAACUGCUAGGUUGGCAGGAGCAGGGACCGAGCAAUGGGAGCUCACCCCGUCGCAGGGAUUUGAAGCGCCGACCUUCUGAUCGGCAAGUCCUAGGCUCUGUGUUUUAACCCACAGUGCCACCCGCGUCCCCCGCAUGCAUAUGGGUAAAAGCUGGUUGGCAAAAGAACUCAGGUUUGAAAUUCCCCUCUGAAUGAGACAGUUUUCAGAAGAAGUUUGAAAACGAGCAGGGCUGAUUCCUGCCAAACCUCUGUUGGCAAAGAGGUCCACACCAAAGUCUCAGCAUCUGGUAAAGAGCCCAUCCAAACUUCAGGGGCACGUGGGACCACUGAAAGUGCCCCAUCAGAAGACUUCACUGGUUGAGGUGGAGCAUAAGGAAUUGGACAGUCCUAAAGGUACUUUGGGCCCAGGCUGAAUUAACGCCAUGGCCAGUGGUCAAGGUUGAUGGGAGUUGUCGUUUAGCAACCACCUGUGGACUGCAGUUUCCCCAUUCCAGCUUCUUAGCUUUGCCUGGAAAGGGGGGGAGGAAAAGGACAGCAGAAUAGUCAGCAAGGAACACAGAAGUCCAAAGUGGGUUAAGAUGUUUGGCAGUGAUCCGUGUGACUGUAUUCAUCCAGGCGGAAAGCACAACUUGCAUUGCCCAGGGAUUUGAAAGGUGACAUUUUGCAGCCGUGGCCUCCCCACCCACACGGAAAAGGCCACAGUGAGGUUUUAAUGUGGCUUUUAGUAAUGGUUUGUUUGCCUCCGGCAGUGAGUCAGAAAUACUUGCAGCUGCCUAAGAGGCUUUCUAAAAUUUUGGAGGGGCGGAGGUAAAGGCAAACGAAGGGGGGCUUUGUAAAAUUAUGCAUGGUUAGGAGAAAGUGGAUAGAGCAGAGGCCCCCCCCCCCCCCCGCCCGCGCGCGCUGCAUAAUAUUAGACCAAGAUCACCCGGCAAAGCUGAAUAGUAGGAGAUUCGGACAAGCAGAAGGAAGUCAUUAUUCACAGCACAUCAUUAAACUAUGGAAUUUGCUUCUAGAAGAUGUGGCAAUAGCCAUCGACCAGAGGCGUAGCGUGGGGGAGGCCAGGGAGAACCUGGGAGACUCCCAACUCUCAUCAGCCAUAGCCAGCAGGGAUUAUGGGAGUUGUAGCCCAACAUGCAUUGAGACAACAGUCUUAACAACUACAAUUCCCAGGGUUCUUUGGAAACACCACAACAUUUAAUCCAAUUGGUUUGUAGUCUCCAUAUGCCACUUGUUUUGUGCCAUUAAUUUCUUCUUUUUAGGGUUUCAUUUUCCAAAGGGAAAUAAUAAUGGAAGCCUUGGCUGGGGGUGCAGUGGCAGGGGGUGGCUUAUUACUAAGAAAGAUCUGUGUGUCUCCCCCUCCCUUUCGUAGGUGGAGGCUGAAGCUGUGAACCGGGCUAUAACCAUUGCUAACCAAACCAACUGCCCCUUAUAUGUCAGCAAGGUGAUGAGUAAAAGUGCAGCUGAAGUUAUUGCCCAGGCCAGGAAAAAGGGUAAGUGCUGGAUGGAAAAUUCCUGUUGAUUCUUCCACUCUUUUGUUUUCUUGGCAGUGCUGUAUGGAUACAUUUGCAUUCUCUGUCCAAUCUGGAUUUUAACUUCCUGAGCAUUUAGUUUUUUUCUGAUGAGCUUGUUCUACAGGCCAAAUAGCUUGUUUGGGACUGGGGCUUUCUAAUCCAACUUUCCUCCUUUUGUUUUGUUCCACCACUUGCACAGUUGCCUUGGUAACGCAAGUUUUGCAAGUAUGAAAAGCAUGAUCUCUUUAACCAUGUCAUAGACCUUUGCCCAUCAACUCUUUUGACAAGAGCCAGUGUGGAUUAGUGGUUCGAGUGUGGGAGUAGGACCUGGGAGACCAGGGUUCAAAUCCCCACACAACUAUGAAGCUGUCUGUUUGGCUUAGAGCAAGUCACUCUCUCUCAGCCUACAGACUCUGCUAACCCAGAAAUAGUACAGUGGUGCCCCGCAAGACGAAUGCCUCGCAAGACGAAAAACUCGCUAGACGAAAGAGUUUUCCGUUUUUUGAGUUGUUCCUCAAGACGAAUUUCCCUAUGGGCUUGCUUCGUAAGACGAAACGUCUUGCGAGUUCUUGCGAGUUUGUUUCCUUUUUCUUAAAGCCGCUAAGCCGUUAAUAGCCGCUAAGCUGCGAAUAGCCGCUAAGCCGCUAAUAGCCGCUAAGCCGCUAAUAGCCGCUAAGCCGCUAAUAGCCGCUAAGCCGCUAAUAGCCGUGCUUCGCAAGACGAAAAAACCGCAAGACGAAGAGACUCGCGGAACGGAUUAAUUUCGUCUUGCGAGGCACCACUGUACCUCGGGUUAAGAACUUUCCUUCAGGAUGAGAACAGAAAUCGUGCUCCAGCGGCAGCAGGAGGCCCCAUUAGCUAAAGUGGUGCUUCAGGUUAAGAACAGUUUCAGGUUAAGAACGGACCUCCAGAACGAAUUAAGUACUUAACCCAAGGUACCACUGUAAUUGCCUGAUGUUUUUAGGCAUACACUUUAAACAAGCGCAAUGUGCAAAGCAGCCUUGAGGCUGGCCUUGGCUUCUGCUAGUUGUCCCGUUCAUUGGGAUUGUGUGGGCCAACGGAGGCAUCUUGUUAGACAUCAACAGAGCAUUCUUUUUACUUCAAAUUCUUUCUCUGCAUUCUAGCCUUCAGGAAAUUGCUGUUCAAAUGGCGCCAAUAGCUCCCAUUUCCCCUCUCCCCCCUCUCUCCUAUUGCUAAAGCCUUAUUAGUUUCUAUUUAAAGCAUCUGAGAUGUGGCUUGCUUUUUUAAAGAUACUCACCUUUCUUUGUAAGCCUGAGAAUGUUUAUUCACAUCUCAGCAGAACUCGAGCUCAAAUGUAAGUCAGGUUACACUGCCAGAAGGACACCCCCUUACACCUCCCCCCCCAGACAACAGCUUUCUUCAAAAACCAGUUGCAUGGCGCUUGCACUCUGUGCAUGCUUAAAUGCAUUCUUUUGUUACUCCAAAUGCUCCCAAUUCUAAGCUGAAUUCCACUAUAAACAGGUUGGAAGACUAAUCUCUGUUGCUGUGGGUUUUGUUUUGUUUUUUUUAAUAAAAAUGGGUGGGGGAGAGGGAAAUGCCUGUUCCCUUUUGAAAGACCUGCUUUCAUGCGGACUAGAAACCUGGGCAAACCUUCCUGAGUGUGAGCUACUAGCCCAUCUCAAUCCCUGCCUGGAUAUUCCUGCGCUUGCAAGUUCUAUUUCAAGCAGCGACGCUCGUGUUUACUCGUCUCCAGAUCGAGCGAGGAUCCUGUUUUGCCCACCAGAUUCCAGUUCAGAGUCCUCCUCCUCCUCCUUGUCGUCACCCAUCCCUGGCUGCCAGGUCUUGCCAAAGGCUGCAGGGAUUUUGUGCUCCCCACCCGCCUGCACCCCGGGGGGGGGGGGUCCUUCCCCACCACCCCCUAGUUACAGCCCUGACCGAAAGAAGAAACAAAUGCCUUUACUAGCCAGUGGGAAAUGGUUAGAAAGUGAUGCUCAAAUGAAUAACUUAAACGAAUAACUAAACUAAUAGCUUGCCUUUUGCACCCACGGAGCUCAAAUCAGCAUGCAGCGUGUCCUCCCCGUUCCCUGUUUUCCCCUCACAACAACCCUGUGGAGUUGGUCCAGAUAGAUAUGAGAGGACGAGGCCUUUUAGGUCUAUUUAGAAACAGAUUAUUUUCAAACCACGUUAAACAGUGUUAACAAGAGCAAUGACCUGUACAAAGGAAGGCAAUGAAGAGAAGCAGAGAGAGGGAGAAUGAAAGCUGUGAGGGAGAUCAGAGCUGGGGGGACCUCGACUUUGACCUCCAGGUGUCGAAAGGUGCAGCUGUUGCUUUGAAGCAAGGAGCUUUUCUUUAGCUUAGAUUCCCUGGGGUUACAGUUCUUGAAACACAGGAGAGUUGUUCGCAGAGGGUUUUUAACAGUUCCCAGGUUUCUUUGGAGAAAACCUUGAUGGUAUAAUACUGUGUUAAGCGUAAGGUGCCUCACGGGCAGCAGAUUCAGCAUGGAGGAAAGAAAACCCGUUUUUCUCACAGCAUGAUUACCGUAUUUUUCACUCUAUAGGACGCACUUUUCCCCCUCCAAAAAUGAAGGGGAAAUGUGUGUGCAUCCUAUGGAGCGAAUGCAGGCUUUCGCUGAAGUCUGGAGAGUGAGAGGGGUCGGUGCGCACCGACCCCUCUCGCUCUCCAGGCUUCAGGAAGCUAUCCACAAGCCUUCUGAGUGCGGCGGGAGUUCCCGCCAGGCUCCGAAGAUUUGCGGAUAGCAGCCUGAAGCCCAGGGAACGCAGCGCCAAAUCCUGCUGCGUUCCCCGGGCUUCAGGUAGCUAUCCGCAAGCUCUGGGAGCGGCGGCGAGGUUGCGCGCAAUCUUGCCGCCACUCUGGACCUGUUCUGGGGGCUUGGGCUUCCCCCGCUCCAGCCCCGCAGCUAAAAACGAAGCUAAGAUAGCGAGCAGGAUCCAUCCCGCUGGCUGUCUUGGCUUCUGCCAAAGCCGCGUGUGGCCUCUCCUGGCUGGAGAUAACUAAUUUUUUCGCCCUUUAUUUCCCCCCUAAAAACUAGGUGCGCCCUAUGGUCUGGUGCGCCCUAUGGAGCAAAAAAAUAUGGUACUUUAUGAGAGGAGAGGAGCCUGUGGCCCUCCAGCCAUUGGCCACAGCCAGCUUGGGCUAUAGUCAGGGAAGAUGGGAGUUGUAGUCCAGCAACACCUCUGGAAGGCCACAAGGGUCUCACUCUUGAUCUGUGGGACUCACUGCCACAGGAUAUGGUGAUGUGAAAAAAGCCUGAAAAGCUGCUACCAGCAGAGUAGACAAUACCAGGCUAGAUGGAGCAAUGGUGUGGCUCAGUGUGACAGCAUCGUAUGUUCCCAAACUUUCAGACAUCUCUUCCUUAGAACACCUGCAGAAAAUAUGCAUAGUAUCGUAUGUUCUGCAAUGGUUACGUCUAUCCUGUUUCUGUCAUCCUGCUCUGCAGGCACUGUGGUGUAUGGUGAGCCCAUAACAGCGAGUUUGGGCACUGAUGGCUCACACUACUGGAGUAAAAACUGGGCCAAAGCAGCUGCUUUUGUCACCUCUCCACCACUGAGCCCUGACCCAACUACUCCAGACUUUCUCAAUUCUCUGCUGUCUUGGUAAGUAGAAGGAAAGUUCCUGAGAUGGGUGUAUUUAAAAAGAGAAAUUCUGUGCUGUCUGAAUUCUGUGACCUGUAUAAAUUAGGACUGAACCAAAACUUUGUGUUCUACUAAAACUCUCACCACAACCUUUUGACAAUAAUUCAAGGAAAGUAGAAACAUUUGCCGGUUCUUUGUGAAGGCAGAAAGCAUUGCUCUCAUUCUGGUUUGUCUUUACAACAUUAUUAUAUAGCCAGAUUUGGUUGGCUAACUUGCCACUGUGAUGCUCUCCCACAGGCUGCGUGAUUCCUGACAGGCUUGUUCACACAAGAGGAACAAUAAUACUGUUUUAAAAAGAGAAGAAGGCACUGCCCAAGAGGAAGCAAAAAAGUGCAAAAAUAUACAAGAUUUCGAUUGUCAUUCAGACAGUUUUUCAAUCCCUCCUCACGUCCCUUUUUGUGCAGAAAAGGUUUACCCGCUAAAAUCUUGCAGAGCCCUACAAAUUAUGCAAAAGUUCCUAUAUUUUUGCAUUGUGUAUUCAUGGGAGCCAGCAUGAUGUUGAUGAUUGUUGUAGGGGGACUCCCUGGUCCUGAAUGGGAUAACUGUGCCCCUGAAGUACCAGGUGCGCAGCCUCGGAGUCAUUCUGGACUCACAGCUGUCCAUGGAGGUGCAGGUCAAUUCUGUGUCCAGGGCAGCUGUCUACCAGCUCCAUCUGGUACACAGGCUGAGAUCUUACCUGCCAGCAGACUCUCUUGCCAGAUUGGUGCAUGCUCUGGUUAUCUCCCGCUUGGACUACUGCACUGCGCUCUACGUGGGGCUACCUUUGAAGGUGACCCAGAAACUGCAAUUAAUCCAGAAUGCGGCAGCUAGACUGGUGACUGGGAGUGGCCGCCGGGACCACACAACACUGGUCCUGAGAGAUCUGCAUUGGCUCCCAUUAUGUUUCCGAGCACAGUUCAAAGUGUUGGUGCUGACCUUUAAAGCCCUAAACAGCCCCGGUCCUGUAUACCUGAAGGAGCGUCUCCACCCCCAUCAUUCUGCCCGGACACUGAGGUCCAACGCUGAGGGCCUUCUGGCGGUUCCCUCAUUGCGAGAAGUGAGGUUACAGGGAACCAGACAGAGGGCCUUCUCGGUAGUGACGCCCACCCUGUGGAAUGCCCUCCCUUCAGAUGUGAAGGAAAUAAGCAGCUAUCUUCUCUUUAAAAGACGUCUGAAAACAGCCCUGUUUAGGGAAGUUUUUAAUAUUUAAUGCUGUAUUGUUUUUUACACUCAAUUGGGAGCCGCCCAGAGUGGCUGGGGAAGAAAUUAAUAAUAAUAAUAAUAAGAAGAAGAAGAAGAAGAAGAAGAAGAAGUCCAACAGCAUUCGGAAUCUAAGGUUGGGGGAGGCUACUGUAGAAUGUUUUCCCUUCCAGGAUUUAAUUAAACUUCUGUUCAAACAGGUUAUACAAUUAUCAUCAGCUCCACCCCAUUAGGCAACCUGUGGCCAUUUUUUCCCUCUUUUAACCGCCAGCGUUCACACAGGGAUUGCUCACCUCUCGGUGGUUCCCCUCCCCCUUUCUCCUGGUUUUUGAUGUCUUCUUUUUCUGGAGCAUGAGCGUUGGUAGAGAAAGCAUGAUGUGAAGGCAGAUAAGACCAUUACAGUGUUAGCCUAUGGGCAGGGCCUGCCUUUGAUCUUCUUCCUUGCACAGUGUGGACUGGAAAGUACUUUAGAAGUAAUGAGUAGCAUAAAAACAUGAGAACAGUGUGUCUUGGCUGAAAACAGCGAUCCAGUUGCUGCUAUGAAGGAAGCUGAUAAUGGUUAACAAUUCCCCCCAGAUAUUUUUUUUCAUUCUGUACCAACUGCCCCCAAUUUCCCAUUGUAAAAUUUUCUUUGUUUUGAGGGGACGUUGAGGAUGAGUCCAAGACUUGCUGUGGCUCCUGUUUGCCCCCCUACACUAACCACACUAAACAGACUUUUCCAAACUGGUGACUUCGAGAAGUUUUGGAUUAGGUUCUUAUAAUACAGAAUAAGUAUACAGAAUAAGGGAGGGCAAAUUGAGGGAGGGGGUGAUUUUGAAUACAGUAUGGGCAUUCAUCCCCCACCCCCGCUUUCUGGGCCUGUGAAAGGAGAUUGGAAGGUAAGGAUGAGAGGCAGCCGGCAUUGGUGAAGCUCAGCGUUUCCAAGGGAGUGAGAAAAGGAGAGGUAAUAGUCAGGCCAUAAGCCUGGCAAGUAAAUAAAUGUGUGUGUGUGUGUGUGUGUGUGUGUGUGUGCGCGCGCGCGCGCUUAAAGUAAAAGAUCAGCUGUGAGGGGAGGUUAAAGAUAAAAGUGUUUUAAGGAUAAUGUGGCCAGUGUGGUGUAGUGGUUAAGAGCGGUAGACUUGUAAUCUGGGGAACCGGGUUCGCAUCUCCGCUCCUCCACAUGCAGCUGCUGGGUGACCUCGGGCCAGUCACACUUCUCUGAAGUCUCUCAGCCCCACUCACCUCACAGAGUGUUUGUUGUGGGGGAGGAAGGGAAAGGAGAAUGUUGCCGCUUUGAGACUCCUUAGGUUAGUGAUAAUGUGGGAUAUCAUAUCCAAACUCUUCUUCUUCUUCUCUAGUAGCUGUUGGGCUGCAACUCACAUCAUCCCUGACUAGGUUGACUAGGCUGGUCGAAGAUGAUGGGAGCUGCAGUCCAACCACAUCUGGAGAUUCAAGGCUGAAGAUCUAGGGGGCACCCCCAGCCUUCCUUGGAGAUGCCAGGAACUGAACUAGCGAGCUUCUGCAUGCAACACCCAUGUUCUACCACUAAGACCUUCCACAGUGCUUACAGGGUCCGUGGUGAUGAUAGUGUUGAUUCCACUGACUCCACAUCCUUCCCUCCCCUCCCCUCCCCUCCCCUCCCCUCCCCUCCCCUCCCAACACAGCUGGGUGCAGCUGAUGGGAGUUGGUAUCUCAAACAUCUGGAAGGCCUCAGGUUCAAGAAGCUUGGUUUAGUGUGAUGUCUGAAGUGGGCUGUUGUGGUCGUCCUUUUCAUGGCUGGCAAUUGAGUCAACGUGAAAGCCAAAUGAGAAGUGAGAUUCGAAUCUCCCCAGCUAUGUCCUCCCCUAAACUUGAUAUCUGUUCCCCUAGAGAUCAGUGUUGUCCUUCACCAGAACUAUAUGUCUGAGUGCAGACUCAAACAGAAUUGGUGGUUUUUUCAAACCUUAGUAACUUUCAAAAAAUAAAAACAGUAACAUAAAUAAUCUCUGACUCUUCUCCCCAGAGAAAAUAUUCUCUCCUUCCCCCACUCCCCCAAACCUUCCCAUGAGCAUAAUUGGCAUUCUUGUGGGAGGGAAAAAGAAUGAAAAUAGCAGAUUUAAGCAUUUUCAAAGAGGACACAAUGUUGCAGAAGGGCUGAUGUAACUGCGCCAUUUUUUCAAUUAAAAACGUCUAAUUCCCCCUACUUUUUUUAAAAAAAAUGUUAAAUAUGUAUUGUUCUAAAGCAGAAUUGUAAUAAAUAAAACAAAUGUUUAAAAAACGGUCUCAUUUGAGCAAGUUAGCAAGGUUGUGCCAAAAAACUCUCUUCCUUGGUUAUUUAGGUGAAUGCUAGCAAGCCAUGAGUAAAUAGAAAGGUUUCUUGGAUAUUAAGAGAUGGGAAGGACACUAGAGGUCUUCUAGUCCAAAUCACCUGAUCGCUGCCAGAACUACAACACACAGCGCAACUGCAGCAGGGGUAGGCAGCAUGGUACCCUCCAGAAGUUGUUGGUCUUCAGCUUCCAUCUCCCCCGGUCAUACUGGCUGGAGCUGAUGGAAAUUAGAGUCCAACAUCCUCUGGAGGUUCUCAGAUUGUCUACUUCUGAACUACUCCAUCCCUUAAUGGCCAUCCAGCCUCUCCCCAGCAGAGGAGAGACCAUCACCUUCCAAGGCAGACCAUUAGGAAGAUACGUCUUUUGUCUAGAUGAAAUGGGUUCCAUUGUUUUCCAUUCAGCCCUGACCCCUGAAGUCUGUUUUGAUCUUUGCAAUGGCAGCUUCUUGCUCUUGAUGUAACUCCUGUUGAUGACACACCUCUUGUCUUUGGUUUUAGUGGAGAUCUCCAAGUCACUGGCAGUGGCCACUGUACCUUCAACACUGCCCAGAAAGCUGUUGGGAAGGACAACUUUACUCUGAUCCCUGAAGGAACCAAUGGAACUGAGGAAAGGAUGUCCAUCAUCUGGGAUAAAGCUGUGGUGUGUUGCUUUGAUGGGGCAGGAGAGGUCUUGGUUCACCCAGGCAAUCUCUUGCUGAUGUUACUUGAGAUCCUAGGCCAGUUCUGGGGCCUUUUGAGCAUUGUUGUAAUGGACAGAGCACAAUGAAUCCACAAUGUUGGAAGACUCUCAUAUCAGUCUUCGAGUUUUGGUAUUGAAACAUUGGGCGAGGGGUGGGGGGUUCCCUUCCUUGCAUGGACAGAAUCACCUGAGCUCAAGCUGCAUCUUAGCCUAUCCAUGGGAUCAUAGAAAGCUGCCUUGUUGUACCAAGUCAGACUCUGGGUCAAUGUAGCUCAGUAUUGUCUAAACUCUCCAGGGUUUGUAACAGGAUGCUCCCACCUCCAACCUGGAGAUACAGGGGAUUGAACCUGUGACUUCCUGCAUUCAAAGCAUGUGGUCGACCACUGAGCCACACCAUUCCUUCUUGUCCCUUCCCUCUCCUAUGAUUAUUUUGAAUACUUCUGGUAGGGAACUAUUUUAGCAGUGGACACUGGUUUGCUGCUGGUUAGCUGCUCAUUUGAGCUGGCCUAGACUGUUUGCACUUUACUUUUAGAAGUGUUGGGGGAAGGAAUAAAUAUUUUGACCAUUUAGCAAAAGUGCUAAAUAUAUUAAAAACGCUCAAGUUAAAUAUUUUGUCAUGAGUGUGGUUCUAAGUUGGUGGAGUAUACCCCAAACAUGAUAAACAGGUAACCUAAUAUAUUCAAAGUAUCACAGCUGACUCCAGUGGUCUCAAGUACAGGAACCAGAAGGCAAAUUUAUGUCCCAGUAUGGAUGUCAAAAGAAACCAUGCUUUUCUGCUACAUGAACAACCAGGUACACUUGCUUCUUCCCAUUUCUCCUCUUUUGCACAGCAAAGGAGAUCAGAAGCUUUUGUUUCUAAUUUUGUUUCUAAUCAUAGUUCUUCAUUAUGCCCAAACUCGGGUAACCAAGUUUUGAUUAAACUAUGGUUAGUGAAAAUGAAUCAGGUUCAAACUGUACCUAUCACACAUCUUAUAAGAUGGAACUGCAAAUAAAGAUGUUCUAUAUAGGUGACAUGCUUAUCCUGAUUUGAAAAAGCAACCUGAUAAAAAACAUAAAAAUUUGGGAAAGGAUUCCACCCAUUGGUCAUCUUCAUCAAAGAGGACAGAAGUUUCAACUAGUAUUUAGAUUAACAGGAUUGCCCCCUAUUUCAGCACUGUAUGAAUUUUGAGUUACUGUGUUUGCUUUUAAGGAUUUCUUUAUUAUUGCCUCUGUUCUUCUCAUGGGACUGCUACCUUUUUACGGUUAGGUUACUGGUAAGAUGGAUGAGAACCAGUUUGUAGCUGUGACCAGCACCAACGCAGCCAAGAUCUUCAACCUCUAUCCCAGGAAGGGACGUAUAGCUGUGGGCUCUGAUGCUGACCUGGUGAUCUGGGACCCAGACAGCGUCAAGACAAUCUCAGCCAAGACUCACAACAUAGUAAGUGGUUUCUGCACUUCCCCCCACUCCCUGUCCAAGCAUUGUGACAGAAAUACAGAAGAAUUAUGCAAGAACAUGCAAGCUCUGAGUUUCAAAGAGCCCAUCUCUCAGUCCAUUGCACAUCUGGACUGAAGGGUUUUCCCCAAACUUCUGAUGGCUUAGGGACAAUUGCUUUCUGAAUUAAACUUGCUUUCUGAAUUUGAAACUGGAAGCAUACAUCACUCUGGCACCCGAAAAUAUCACUUGGCACCAGAGGGAGCCUUUUUAAUAUGCCUAACUGUAGGGGGUGGGUGGAAACUGUCAUCAGGGAGUUAACAGUGUGCUAUGAGAACAUUAAAUAAGAAGCUUCAACUAAAAUUUAGACUGGGGCUAACUCUUCAAUUCCCUCCUAGGCUGUGGAGUACAAUAUCUUUGAGGGUAUGGAGUGCCGUGGGUCACCACUGGUGGUCAUCAGCCAGGGGAAGAUCGUGCUGGAGGACAGCAACCUCCAUGUGACUGAGGGCUCUGGGCGAUACGUUGCCAGGAAGCCCUUCCCUGACUUUGUUUACAAGCGCAUCAAGGCCAGGAGCAGGGUGAGUAUGCUGGGUGAACGUGUGUCCUUUGAAAGCUCAGUAAAUUGGAUAGCAGGAUUUUAAUCGUUCAGGUUCACAUAGUUGCAACAGAUACUGAAUUCCAUUGAGGUAGCCAUUGCCCUACCAACCUCAAUCUGCACUUAACCAGCCUCCAUUGGCAUGCCUUGAUUCUUACAAUUGUCAGCCUGUGCCUUUGGUUGACUGGCUCCAGCUACCGUUGGUCUCCCCUGACUUCUGCCCUACCAGUCCCAAUGAACACCAGCCACCACUGCCAAAAGACAUCCGGUUGGCAAUUGUGGGAAACAGCAUGGAAAAAUAGAUGGUCUUUGGGUCUGAUUCAGGAGGGCUCUUCUUACAUCAUUAGGGCAGUGAGCCCCCUGCUGCAACAUGGGUUUUGACUGGUACCCAGCAAUGCCAGAUCUCUGAUAGUGGCUCCAGUGAACAAAUGCACAUGAAUGGAGAGCCAGUGUCGUGUAACGGUUAGGGUGUUGGACUGGGACCUGGGAAACCAGGGUUUGAAUCCCCAUUCAGCCAUGAAGCUCACAAAAGUUAUUAGCAAGAGACCAAAAGUUUAAAACGUGCCUUGGUUUUCUUCUUUUAGAGCCAAAUCCAGUUGAAAAUCAACAUAGCUACACUGGAGUUAAGCCUAGCUCACUGGCCUGGUUGUAAUUGUUAUCUAGCUCUCUUCAGGAGAUCUAGGAAGAGAAGCCUGUCUUUGCCAUCCUGGUGACUUCUGGAUGUUUUGGAUUACGGCUGAGCUGUGUGGUGAUGGUGGGAGUUGUAGUCGAAAACAUCCAGAUGGCACCCAGGUUGGUGAAGUUUGCUAUAAGAAAAAUGAAUCUUUUUCAAAUACUGCCCUCUGCUGGAUGAAAGCAUUCUGUUUGGUUUGAGUUGAAGCAGUGGACAAGAGUUGGCUUGGGCAGGAUGACUCCUCCAUUAAGAACAUUUGAUCCACAGGGCUAACUCUUUGUCAGCUUGAAGUUUCAGUUCUAAACACACCUACAGGGGAGCAAGCCCCACUGACUGAACAGAAGUGGGGCCUUUUAAAUAAGCAUGUAUAGGUUUGUCCCUGCAGAUGUUGCUGAACUACAACUCCCAUCAGCCCCAGCAAGCAUGGCCAAGAGCAAUGGGAGUUGUAGUUUAGCAACAUCUGGAAGGCCAAAGGUCUCUUCAGACAUUGGACUACAACUCCCAUCAUCCUUCACCAUUGACUAUGCUGUCUGGGGCUGAUGGUGGUUGGAGUCCAGUGGCAGCUAGAGGGUCACAAAUUUCUCAUUCCUGCAUGUUGAGAACUGGAACAUUGCUAGUUAAAGCUGAAUGUGUCCAUAAUCAGGGCUGCUUCUCAGUUCUUUUUUCUCCUGCAUUUCCCCUUCUUUCCCCUAGUUGGCUGAGCUGAGGGGUGUUCCUCGUGGCCUGUAUGACGGCCCAGUCUGUGAAGUAUCAGUGACACCGAAAACGGUCACACCGGCCUCCUCAGCCAAGACGUCUCCAGCGAAGCAGCAGGCCCCGCCUGUCAGGAACCUGCACCAGUCUGGAUUUAGCUUGUCUGGUACAUACCUAUGUGAGGCUAAAUUAUUAUGGUGAAAUCUUAUUUCUGUUUUAUUUAUUGAAGGCCCUGGGUCCUCUUCCUUCCCAUGCACAAAACAGGAAUUCCACUCCAGGGGGGCCAUUAUCAAAAAGGCCCUGAUUCUUGUCAGCAGCAACCAAAACUCCCCAAUGAAUGGAACUUUGAGCAGGACCUGAUGAACAAAUUAGUAGUAUUGCAGGGGGAGAUGAGUUGAUACGGAAGGUGCUUUCAUGUUUGUUGUGAAGAGAAGUCCUGAGAGUGUGCCGGAUUGAGAGCAUUGUGGACUUGGGAGCACAUUUUAUUGUUCAUUUAAGUUACUUAAGGCAUUUAUAUACUGUUCAGUUAUUAGCAUUUCUAAGUGGUGUGCAUUAAAAUAGACCCUGCAGAGAAUAAAACCAGACACACGCUACCUUAAAGUGGCUGCUGGAAUAAGACAGUGACAUGUACCUGAAGUUCAGCAAGGAGGGUGGGCACCUGGGAGGCAGUUCUACAAGCUUGGGCCCACAACACUGAGCACACAAUUUCUAGGAGUUACAAGCUGCACGUCAUGGGGUGGGAGCACCAUCAGAGACCUCCAAAAAAGCUAUCCAUGAUGUGGUACAGAUAUAAGGGAUCAGGUGGUCCUUAAGAUAUCCUGAACCCAAAAGGGCAUUGCAAAUUAACACAAAGACCUUGAACCUGGCCUGGUCACUGGCGGAAGAACAGGGGUGCGGAGGGAGCCCCUGGCACCACUAUUCUGGUAGGGUGCCAUUGCAGUGCUUCCCCCCGCCCCCGGACACGUGCUGAGCACCCCCUGGGCACCACGCCCCCAGAACACAGGCCAUGCCCUCGUGGGUGGCGUGCCAAGCUCCUGGGGUGCACGCCACGCCCCCCAGGGGCAUGCGCCACGCCCACGCCUGCUCUCCCUCUCCUCCCCUGGUAGUGGAGCAUGCAGCUUCGUCACUGAGCCUGGUAACCUAUGGGCAGCCAGUACAAGCUUUUAAGCACUGGUGUGCUGUGCUGAUGGCAGUCUGUCCCCAUCCAGUGUCUGUCUGCAUCAUUUUGCACCAGCCAGAGCCGGACAUUGAAGUCACCGUUAACUUAAAUCACCAAUAACACUAUGUAUUUAUGUAUAUAUGUUCAGUUUUUCACUAUGCUUAUGCACCUCUCUUUCUCUGUCCCUUUCCUUCUAGGUGCACAGAUUGACGAUAAUAUUCCACGCCGCACUACGCAGCGCAUAGUGGCGCCUCCUGGUGGCCGUGCCAAUAUCACCAGCUUGGGUUAAAAAAAGAGCAAUGAAAGGGGGAAAAAACAUGACCGCUUAGCGGAUCAUGGGAGAGGGUGGGGCACUUGAAGACCCUUUUUUUGAUUAUUUUAGAGCCUGUGAUGGUUACUGCGGGCAACCAAUGGGUAAGGCCUAGUUAAGGCUGCAGUUCCCCAGCCCCUUUGUUGUCAAUCUCCCCCAGCCCCCAUAUUCACAGAACCUAUUCGUUCCUCCCCCUCCUUAUACAUUUGGGAAACUCCCCCUCCCCCAUUUUGACACAUGGGGGAUGCAGAAAAAAGGAGUAAAUCAUUGAAGAGUAGAACUUGUAACUUAUAUAAUCAUUAACACCAUUUUAUCUUUUUGUUUUUCUUUUAAAAAAGGAAGGAAAAAGUGAAUUUCCCAGAAGCUGCUUUAUAUUUUACUUUUUAUAUAAAUGAAGGUUCAGGUUUAACUAUUGGAAAGAGGAAUAGGAAAAAAAAAAGAGGUUUUAAACUGGAUGUUUCAGAAACUGGACUUGCAGCCCUGCAUCUUAAAAAAUGUGGGAGUCAUGAUUUCCCUAGGACCAAAUCUGUAUCCACCCCACUUUCCAAUUAGAGGAAGGUAGAAGUUGUGCUGCUAAGGUUUCAGGUAUUAUGGUGCUGGGAGGAUGUAGCCCGUGUUGUUCUUGGGUUUUAAUGCGCUAAUCCCAUCUCGGAAUUGAAGGAUCAUUUGUUCAUCCAUUUCCUUGUUUUAAUAGAUGUGUGUGUGUGUGUGUGUGAGAGAGAGAGGACAUGUGCGCUUGCUUCAUUGAUGUGUUAUGCUUUGAGAUGCCUUAUUUUGAAAUUAAGCUCAUCCUUGUCUUUCUGAGCCGCAUGAGGUCCAAGGUCCUUCUAACAACUUAUGGCCAUCCUGCCACAGGUAUCUGUAUGUCAGAUAAUUCACUUGAUUCUUGGGCCAGCUCCACCUUGAUUUGCUGGGUUAACCAGUAUCGUUAACUGGUUUUCCAUUCUCCUUUUCGUAAGGGUGUCAGAUUCUGCACAGAGUAAGUCACCUUUUAUUGGCGCCAUUGCAUGUCCAUCCAUUGGAGAACUUUCUAAACACCAGCUCUGUAUCAGUUGGGUUCAGAACUAAAAUCAGGAGAUCUAGCUAGGAAUCGUGCUGCCAAAUGACCCAUUCCCUUAAAAAGCAAAAACCAGCAUCUCCUGACUUCAGUAGAACUUGGAGGGAAAUGGGAAUCUCUUUAAAAACAGUCUAGUCCAGUGGUUUCCAAACUUGUUUCUCUGGGACACACUUUCAGAAUAAAAAUUUGUUCGUGCCACACCAAUUUCUUUAUUGAUAAAUGCAUUGGACAGCAAAACGAAACAAGUCCUAGCAGCGCUUGAUUCAUAAUGUAGAACACAACUACUUCAUAAUAUGAUCAUGGAACACCCAGAAAGUAUAAAACAAUGCAGCUACAUAAGAACAUGAACCAUCCCUAAAAUUGAAUGCUAAAUAAGCCUCAUACAUAUGUAUCUUAAGUACGUAUGCUUACACAUCAGUGAGUGGUGUGAGCUUACUUUUGCCUGGUAGUCUCAUUUAUACUAGGUCUAAUUUGAGACAAACUCUCAUCUUCUCAUCAACAUAAAGAAGCCUUUCUCUUUUCUGACCUUCCAUAUAUGUCAGAGUUGAAAAUCCUUGCUCACAACACGUGGAGAACUGUAGAAGAAUAGCCAAUGCUCUUGAAGAGAGGCAUGGAUACAGUUUCUGCUUGUAUAUCCCUGCUACACUGAAAUGGUUCUUUGAUUGUCCUUGAAUCUUCCUGCCACGCUUGCCAUCCCCUCUUGCCACACCUGUGUGGCGUGCCACACCCUUUGAAAACCACUGGUCUGGUCUUAUCAUGGAUGCACCACCAGACGCAUAACUGUGCCUGGAUUCCUCACCUCCUCAUGUGCAAAUACUGUGCCAGUCUCUUCCACCACCCUUCCUCCCUUUGGCCCAUGCCCACCUCCCAUGCCUCCAUCCACCCUUGCCUUCUCCACAGUCAAGGCUUGCAGUCUUAUGGGUGGGGUUGCUUGAGUAGAUGAGAGACUGAGCAGGUACAUGGACUGCACAUAAGACUCCUGGUUCCUUGGGCUGCCUUGGAACAUUGCCCCUGCACAUGAGAGCCUGUGUUAAACUAUAUGGCAACCUCCCUUCCUUUGUGCUUGCAGCAGGACUGGGUUAGCCUGGAGCUGAAUCUAAUGGGCAGUGUCUGUGUACUGACCCUUAAAUCGCUUGUGCCAAUUUAGGUCACUGCAUUCUACAAAGUUGAUAAUGUGCUAAGCUGAACUUAAAUCAUUCCUCCCUUUUUUGGUGCACCGCUGUGUAGAGGCAUUUCAUUAGACCUAUGGGGAAUCUGAAGUAAGCCUGACAUCCUUUUAAAUGUGGAUUGAGCUGCAUAGGGUCUGUGUGCAUGGAAGCAGAUUACACAUUGUGGGGCCAAUAGCAUGUUUCCUCCCCCACCCCCUUAUUAGAAAAGGUUUUCCCAAGUACAGCCCAGAUUCCUGUUCCUGAGUGUUCAUGUGGAGGUGCCACACGAUCAGCCCUAGUAAAGAACAUAUGGAAAUACUUCAUAGAACCUUACAAUAAAUUCUUAAUUGUGAAGGCAGCAUAACCUCAUUUUCUUUGUUCACUCAUUUCAAUUGAUUUUAAAUUGAUACUCUGCCACACAUUUCCCCUCUUUUUUAAAAACAACAGCAACACAAACUACUUUAAAAAAAUCCUAACAUUGUAUAUUUGCUGAUUCUUUGAAAGGAAAAGUAGAAUAUAGCCAGGUCAAUGUGUGUUGUCUUUUAAAGUCCAACAAGUGAUGGAGUUGUGAUCUACAAAAGUGGCUCCACAGCCCGUUCCUCAAAACACAUCUGCCACACUAAAGCCAAUUUCUUUGAGUGAUGUGAAAAAGGGGAGCAGCAGGCUCCUUGGAAUCUGGGAGGCGGCUAGGAGAUUGCAGUGGCAACCAACCCUACACACACUCCUCUCCUACCACUGUAGUUAACACCUACAUUUGCCCCUUGCUGAUCCUUUCUGGAACCACACACCCAGUACAGAGGGGGUGUGGAUAUCUAGUGCUGCCUAGUGUACCCUGCUGCACUGAGCAUUGGGGGGGGGGGUGAGCCUUGAGUCCUGUGCAUUGGUUCCCAAGCAGUGGGUCUGCUGGGCCUGUGCUUGACACCACACGCCUCACCCCCUGUAUAUUUGCCAGGAUAUAUACAGCUCUGAAGACACAAGAGGCAUUAUUGCUGGGGACAAUGGGCACAUUCACAUUCCCCCCUCCUUUACAUGUUGAGCUUACAUGCAAGGGGUGUUCACAAAAUACAUUACCCUGAAGACAGUUGCAAAGUGUUAUGCAAGUGUUUGCUUGAAUGAAUGUAUGCUUGAUUGUGCGUUGAAUGCUACUUGUGAAUAACAAGUACACAGCUCAACUAUUUGUAUACGGAGACCACACAUUAUAUUCAAUGAGUGCACCAACACCCCUUUGUAGUGGAGCUGUGCUCUUCUGUAGAUUUUCAAAGGUGUGUAGUCAACAUGUGUGUAGUUUGCACAGUCAGUCAGCAACAGAUGCACCCACCUGCCCACAGCUUGUACCUGUGUCUAGUGUAAUGUGUGAACAAGCCUAAGGUAAUAGCUCAACUGGACUUUAGUGUAGGACUCUUUCUGUAUUCCAGGCUGUGCACUGUACAACUCAGCCAGGAGUAGUAAAAAUGUGCCAGUCAGAUUCUGAAAGGCAGUCGAGGCUUGAACUGAAUUCCCCCUUUCUCACCCUUCCACCCAUAACUGAUGGCUGUUCAUCAUUCCAGACAGUUUCAUUUGUGUUUUGGUUCUGUUUUGUUUGCUUCAGAGAUUGCACUUUUUAUUAAAUAAUUAAAAAAUAUUUAGUUAAGGGUAAUAUAUAUAUUUGCAGCUUUUUAAUUUUUCUCUCUCUCCUCGCCACUUAUGCUUUGAUGAAUUUAAGCAAAGUUCUGUUUCGGGAAGGGGGAGGGGGGAAGUGACCAUGGGUUGUAUCCAAUGUUAGUCCUGAUCAGAGUAGACUCAUUGAAAUUAAUAGACAUGGCUAACUUAGAUCCAUUAGGUUCAAUGAGUGUGCCUUGAGUAGAGGUUAGUUGGAUGCAACCCCAUGUUUCAGUUAUACGAAACAUGCGCAGCUCUUUGUGAUUCACUUGAGUCUUCCUUUUCCCCCUCGUGUUCAUUAUUUUGUUCUUGGACCAUUGUGUGUGUUUUUUUAAGGGGGGAGGGAAUAAAGGAUUUGUUAAAAAAUAAAACUUUGCAGGCUAUGUAAGCAUGUUUUUUUCCUGUGGGAGCUUGCUCGCUUUGUGUGUCUGUUUCAUGAAUGUCAUAUGUAAAUGCUUAAAGGAAAUGACAUUGAACUUGGAAUUAAUUUGCCGCAGUGACUUGAUGCUCUAAAGAAAAAGGAAAAUAAUGAUAAUAAUUUUAAAAAAAUUAAACCAUGUAGAAUUUACUACUAGAUGGAUUUUAACCCUUGGAUUUGUGCUUGUGAACAUGAGUGAAGGAGCUGUAAGUGAAUAAGCUGAUCAUGUGUGUAGACAAAAGGAGUACUGAUAAAAUUUGACCUUUCUCUCAAUGGCAUAAAAUGAGUCUUGUGUUUUUUCUUCCUUACGAACUCUGUGUUAUAUUACCAUGGGAACUCCUAAUAAAGACAAAACGUUGUUGUUUCA